UUGCGGCGGCGGCGGCUCCUCCUCCCGGCUCUGCUCGGCGCCCUGACAGGCGGGAGUCCAGCCGGUAUAGCCUGCGCUGACCUGACGCGUCCGGCCCGCCGCACCUGCUGGGUUUCCGCCUGUCCACGAGGUCGCGCUGGCGGCACCGGUGCGCGGCAAUACGGGCCCUUCUUCCGUCCCUCAGGUGCUGAGGCGCCCCGCCUGGCUGUCAGUCAGGCCUCGCACCCGCCCCGGAAGUGGGGGGCGGGGUACGCUGGAGCGAGGUGGCAGACACCGCCAGGGCGUUGUGUUAGCCGAAGGCUCAGUAAGCCUUCCCCUUCUCCCGCUUCCUGUCUUAAAAGGCCAUGAAGCGCCCCUCCCCUUCCCGUCAAUAUUUCAUUGGUAAGCUUCUCAGCGGCGGAGCACUUGGCUUUGCAGUGCUCAGCACCUCAAGCCUGCAAGUGCUGGGGCCCAGCCUUCUCUGCAAGCCUGGACAGCUGUUGCCAGUCAGAGCAGCCAGCGGAUGGGCAAAGAGGCUGGUAUCUUUCUCGGUUCCUGCCGGUGCUGCUGCCCUGCCUCUUGAACUCUGGUUCUGCUGCAAAGGCUUGCUGGCCUGACCCAUGCUCCGCAGCCCCGGGCAGCAUGAAUGAAAGGCUUGCACAGGGCCUUGCACGCAGAAGGGACUGGCACUCAGGUCUUUGGUAUCCCUAGUUGGGGGUGGGAGAGACUCCCUGCUUCAAAUCCUGGAGAGCAGCUGCCCCGCCAGUGCUGUGCUGGGUGGACAUGGUUCUCUGAUUUGCUGUAACGCGACAGUCUCUGUUGUCUUCUUGUUUGCUUGGGUAACUUUAUAUUGAUGGUGGUAUAUAAAAGCAUUGGUUUGGGCCUUUUGUUUUGUUCAUAUACGUAUGACACCCAAAGGAUUGUGCUUCCUCUGCGUAAGUGGACACUCUUCCUAAAUCGAUUUUUGAGAUGGGAAGGGAGCUCAGCUUGUUUUGGGAGUAUCUGUAGAUGCACCAACUUGGUGCCAUCUCUUCUGGCUUCACAAGCUCGAUCUGGGUUUCCACAUUUCGUUUACUUCCCAUAACAGGAGCUUGAGAAAUCUCUUGCAUUUCUCAACUGUUGUUGUUGUUUAGUCGUUUAGUCGUGUCCGACUCUUCGUGACCCCCUGGACCAGAGCACGCCAGGCACUUCUGUCCUCCACUGCCUCCCGCAGUUUGGUCAGACUCAUGCUGGUAGCUUCGAGAACACCAUUCAACCAUCUCGUCCUCUGUCGCCCCCUUCUCCUUGUAUUUCUCAACUAAUAGACAUCUAUUAGUUUGGGAUGUUUCAGGGUUUCUUUUAAAUCCAACUGGAAGUAAUAUUUCAGUGUUUCAGUGAGCAUUUGCCCUUCUGUGGCAAUGUGCUCUGUUGCAGAGCAGACGAUUCUAGUUUGAUCAAUAAAUUAUGUGGGUUUUGCUCCUUAGAUUCAUGAGUGAACUGAACCAACAGAGGUGGCGAAUGGCAACACUGAGUCUCUUCAAAGAUGGUAAAGUAGCCAUUGACUCCUUUAUUUAGAAAACAUUGUGGUGGCAGGUCUCAGUGAAAGCUGGAUACUGCUUCGCCAUAGAUACUUCUGCCUUGCUCUUCUAUUUGUGUGGGAACUCUCCUUCUCUUUCCCCUUUGUAUUCUAAUCUGGUGUUGGUGCAUGCUUUUCGACUGUUACUUCUACGUUAACUCUUCAUAGAGAAGUUAGUAACUGUAAUCCAAAUGGCUUCACUAUUCCCUGGCAAGGUGGCUGUAUCUUCCCUCUGGCUCUCUUCCUUCAACAAUGGUUACUGAUGUCCCAUAUUUUGCCCCUACUAUUUGUUAAUGGGUGUUUUGAGGGAGAAACUGCUGCAAUUCUGGUAGUAAGUCAGAGACCACCCAUUGCAAUGGAUUUAUCAGCAGCACACACUACUGCUUUUUUGUCCCACUUCUAGAUUAGGAUUGCAGCAUUGAAUGCCAGUUCCACUGUUGAAGAUGACCAUGAAGGGAUCUUUAAAAGCCACAAAACACAGACAAAGGAGGCACAAGUAAGCAAAGUUCUGCUGUAAACCUGAGCUGGUGUUUUCUUCUGCUCUGAGCAAAGUCAGUUAAUUAGAAUGUCAAUUUUGAUCUCUAGGAAGCAGAAGCAUUUGCCUUGUACCAUAAAGCUUUGGACCUUCAGAAACAUGACCUCUUCGAAGAAUCUGCCAAAGCUUACCAUGAACUGCUUGAAACUCGCCUCCUGCGAGAGGUCAGUGAAAUGGGAUCAAUGUGGGUAAAGCUUUCCUUCUACUAGGUGGUGUGGGGUGUGUGGUCCGCUCUCUCUGCUACAAGCACUCACCUUGUGGAGACCUACAGCAAUCUCAGGCUCAACCAUGAGAAGGUCUCUUGUUGAGCUGAGGCUCGGGGAGUUUGAUGGCCCCAAGUUUGCCAGGUUGUGAGCCACCAAUAACAUACCAGUGGGAGGAAGCUCCUGAGUGGGGGCAAAUGUCAGAGCAUCUCUUUGUGAAAUACACGCUGAAUCAUGUCCAGCAUUUUUAAGCUCAGUGGGCGUCAGGAUUAUUCAAUAACCUGAUGAGCAUUUGAAUGCUCAUCAUAGGACAGUAGUGUGAUGAUCCACUCUUCCAAACCUUCAUUUUUAUAAGAAUUUAGACUUUAGAUGCUAUUUCGCUAAAAAGCUGCUUGUUUUCAACGAUCUCUCUUAAUUGUUGGGGGCUCUCCAGGGUCUUUCCCUGUUAGCUGCUACCUGAGAUCCCUGUUUCACUGAAGAUGGUGCCUUGUGUCUUCUGCGUGCAGAGCACCUGCUCUUCUGCAUGAAGAUUUGAGUGGUUGGAUAAUAGAUAUCCAUUUCGAGAGCUGGUUAAGCAGCUCGCUGGGCCUUCAACCCUCUGGAGUUUCUUAAUAAGCAGAGAGAGGGCAACCGCCCCUCCUAGUAUUUGUUGUAGUGGGUCUGUGGACUAUUGGAUACUGAUUGUAUUUUACAACAGUGUCUGCUUUGCUUUUUGAAGUCCCUCGGGUGCUCCGGAAUGAUGCACGCUGGCACCUUGCGGGUUUGUAAUCAUUCUGUGUUAUUAAUGAAGGUUUUUAUCUCAAACUGCAUCUCUCGUCUACAAUUUUCAGGCAAUUCCAUCUGGUGAUGAGAGGGAGGGCUUAAAGCACCCGGGCUUGAUGCUAAAGUAUUCUACUUACAAAAACUUAGCUCAGCUCGCAGCACAGCGCGAUGACUUUGAGACGGCCAUGGAGUUCUACUUGGAGGUACAGGCAUCUCUCCUUCACACUCACCAGGGCCAGAGUUUCUGCCUCACAUGCAUUUAAUGCUGCAGCAGAGAGGAUCCUGGGGCGCUAAGCUACAACACUCAGCCACGAGGAAGGCCAAGGCUUGGUGGGCCGGAUCCAGGAUUCACCACUCUUACACUAGAGCCUUGUAACCCCAAACUGUUAGUGCGACUUCCAGGUUCCAUUGUGGGUACAAUUUACACUUGUGUGUGUAUGUAAAAGUGUAUUGUUAUAUACUGUGUUUUCCAGGCUGUAAUGCUAGACUCGACAGACGUCAACCUGUGGUAUAAGAUUGGGCAUGUGGCACUCAGACUGAUGCGCCUGCCUCUGGCACGCCAUGCCUUUGAAGAAGGACUCACCUGUAAUCCAGACCACUGGCCUUGUUUAGAUAACCUUAUUACAGUUCUCUACACACUCAGUGACUACACAAGUAAGUUGUAUUCAUUUUGUUUUAUUUUUCCAAAUAAAGCUCAUUACAUCUGUUGGUACAGGCAGCUGCUGGAGUUGCUGUUUUGUAUUGCUUGGGUUGGUGUUGCUCACUUUUGGGGUGUUGGGAGGGUGAAAAUAGCCUGAUAGCAAACUCUUUUGUUUUGAGAUAAGCUGUUGGUAGUUUAGUCAUUUCCUAUUGAGGGCUAGAGGGUGGAUAUUGUUCAUUACUGUUUAUAUGUAUAUUUUUUAAAAAAUCUAUAAUCUCUAUUUAAAAAAAAGACUAUACAGUAAAUCAGUUUACAAAUCAAAACAUGCGUUAUAUAAAAAGAUGCAAACACAAGAUCAAACAACAGUUCUUAAAACAAUAGUCGGACAAUAACAGUCUUAACAUAGCAAGCCAAAAGAAUAAUAAUUAACCAAUAAGGGAAAAUGAUUCCUUGCAUGUUGGUGAUAAAGGGAAUGGCAUCAACACCAUAAGGUGAGAAGCCCUCUAAAAGCUGUUCUUUAACUAAAAACACAAAGUGCCAGGGUCUGGCAGCUCUCAGUUCCUAGGCUGGCCCUACAAAAAAUGUGUUUGGCUUACUGAACAAGGUUAGCUGGGAGCAAAACAAACCACAAUCCUUGGUUCGGCCCUAAUUCUUAAGCUAGGGGCCAUGGUUUCUCUCUUCCGUGCGCCUGCCUCUUCCGUGUGUCAGUAUGGUGGGGCAAAGUGGGCAUGAUUGACUUGUGUUCUCAGUAAGCCAUUAUUUAUGGCUUGCUCUGUGUAACAGAAAUGUUUGGUAUUGAUUUGAUGUGUCUGAACAUACAUUUUUUACAUCUUAAGGAAAAAAUAAUUUUCAAAUAAAAACUUGGCAAUGUGUUUGAAUAUAAACUAAGUCACCAUACUUGGUGUACUUUACUGUUUUAUGUGCCCCCCCCCCAUCAAAUAUUUUUAGUUCAACACUUUGGGCUACUGGAAAAACCUUUGAGGUAUUUAUACAGCAUGUGAAAUGAAAUGAUAUAUUCAUUAGUUCUGUUUACAAACAUGCCAAAUUGGAUCUUAGCAUAUCCCACCCGCUCCAGGAAGGCCACAUCACUGUAUACUAUCAGAAUGCUCCUUUGGGAUGCACGUGACUUUCCGAUAUGGAAAAAAAGAGUUUAGGAUGAAUUUAAUUUGUGGCUUUUGUUCUUCCCCUCAGCCUGCUUGUAUUUCAUCUGCAAAGCUCUGGAGAGGGAUUGCCUGUACAGCAAAGGGCUGGUCAUCAAGGAGAAGAUCUUUGAGGAGCAGCCAUGCCUCAGGAAGGACUCCUUGAGGAUGUUCCUCAAAGGGUGAGUUUCUUCCAAAAUUGAAGGUAAAGAAUGUUGAUGCUUCUGUCUCACAUCAGAAGGAAUAGUGGCAGAAGCUUCCAUUUCAAAAUGAGGACAUGCAGCCUCUUUGCCAGUUCCCAGAGGUUUGUUCUGUCCCCAGUUUGUGACCUAAAGCUGCUUCUCCCAUAUUGGAAAGGCAGAGAGUGCCACAAUGAACCCACCGUUUUGUAGGCAUCAUGCUGUUGAAAUGCAGCUUCCAGAGUUGCUGUUGAAUGGGUGUCCAAGUAAUUAAGCUAUUUUACUUUCAGCAGGGUAAUUUAAAUUUUGCUAAAUUUAAAGGAAUUUGCCUGGCUAUGAAAUGAUACGGAAGCAUCUAAACAGCUGCUUUGCUUCUUCUUUUGUUUUUCCAGUGACUUGUCAGUCCACAAUGUCAACGUGAGUCCGUCUGAGACUAGAACGAUAAUCGAGGAAGCUCUGGAGUUGCGCAGGAAGAGGCAGGCACUCUUGGUGCGAAAAAGGGAGCCAGACCUGAAGCUUGUCCAGCCCAUCCCCCUUUUCACGUAGGUCUAAAGUGGGUGUGAACUUACUCUGACAACUGUAGAGUGAACGUAAAGCAAUAUUUCCUUAAUGAUUCCUGUGAACAAUUGGCUUUUGGUCCCUUGUGGAAAACGGCUGCCUUGCUCCCAAACGUUCUCCUUAUUUCUGCAUGUGGCUUAAAGGCAAGGAGAUGGGAGCAUUGCCUGCCCUGGCCCCUGGGUGAGAGCUGAGCUUGUGUUUGGUUGUCUGUCAUGUGCUGUCCUGCAGGUGGAAGUGUCUCGGCGAGAGCUUACUGGCUAUGUAUCAACACCUGACCACUUGUGAGCCGCCUCGGCCCAGCCUGGGCAAGAGAAUUGACCUCUUGGAGUACCAAGAUCUAGACCAGCACUCUGACGUCCCGGCAACUUCCGCUCCCGUCAGUGUUAUACAGCCCAACCCCGUCAGCACCAAUCCCCAGAUGCCUGUGACGGAGCCACUCCUAACAUACACACCAGUGACGCCCACCUUUCCCAGUCCAAGUGUUCUGGAAUCUGUCAGUCCUGCAGGUGAGGGAUGCAUUACAUGAAUAUGUUCUCUGGGUGGAUGUUGAAGGGUUUUCUGAAUCAUUGUGCUCUGUUCUUCAUAGACCAAUUAAUAAAGUGGAAGUAGAGCUGGCCUUCUGGUCUUCAGCGGGGAGAAGUGGUAGGAUGCUUAUGAUAGGUUGGUUUGUGGCGUCUAUGGUGCAAAGAGAGUCUGGAAGGCAGAAGAGACAACUCCUAGCCAGCUGCCAGGUGGAUGAGCUAAGCUUCUCUUCCAGGGGCUUUUGGAGGACAUUUGCCUGGAGAAUGGGGAGGAGAGAUUCUGUGUGGUCAUGAUGUUGUUGCUGCUAUGGAGUGGCUGUUGGUGCAGCAGCCACCUUUUUGGGGAGUGGGGCAAGGUGUCUUCUGGGCUGCCACUGCUCCUCUGGCUCCCCCUACUUGGCUUCUGUGGCAAUAAGAAUUCUGCUUUCUGCAAAUCAGAGUUCAGGGGAAGCCGUCCUGAUCAAGUGUGUCUUUGUUGGGGCCAGGAGUUGAUACCUGGACGUUUUCUGGCUCUUCUUAGGGGAUGCCUCUGUGGGGGACAGAUCAAAGAAAGGGGUGAAGCGGAAGCGAAUCCCCGAAGACAGCGGCGAGACAGCCAAGAGGCGGUCGGCUCGGGUGCGGAACACCAAGUGCAAAAAGGAAGAGAAGGUGGACUUCCAAGAGCUGCUGGUGAAAUUCCUUCCUUCACGGUGAGGAAGGAAGAUUGGUGGUUGUGCUUCUGAAAAAAUAGCAGAGAAGCUUGCUGAGCUCUGCACCCCACCCACCCAGGGGUGAAAAUAGGCUUUAUUUCACCCAGGUCAAAGACUCAGUUUGAUACACACAUGCCACACACAUUUACAUACAUGCACACAGACUGGGAGCCUCAAUGGCACCUCUCUGGAGGCUUCACCUAGGGCAAAAGCCCCUCUGGCACAGCUUUGGUUCAGGCCCACCAUCUCAGUGGGCUUCUUGCAUGGGCUGCUGGAGCAGUACUGUGCUGAUUUGGGGUUGGCUGCCUGCCUUCUCCUGGACACAACUUCUCGUGAUCCCUGUAAUAUUGUCAGCAGUUACAAGGAACUGGUGCUUCCCUCCAUUUUGAUUGGUGUGUUGCGAAAAUAAAUCUUGCUUCUGGGAAUUGCAUGUUGCUUGCAAAGUUGCCAUAACAGGAGUGUGUUUUGAUGUCUGCCUUGUGAGGGGCUGGCAAGGUCCAGAGCGUUGAUGCUUUGCUUUGCUCUUUGUUUUGCUUUUCCUGUUAGCCUGAGGAAACCUGACCCAGAAGAAGACGAGGGUCCUUUCAGCAGCUAUGAGGUCCAGUCUGAGGCCAAGGAGGAAAAUUUCCAGCAUGUGGGCACCCACAGGAUGCCGUGUGACUCAACAACAUGCAUGGAGUACGGUAGGGACUUCCCCUGGCUUCUGUGUUUCAGCUGAGGGACUCCCCCCAAAAAGGAUUACAUUUGAAUUCAUUAAUUUGAUCCAAUAUUUGGAAGCUGUAGUAUAAUUUUGUGGUGAAGCCUUUGUCGGAUUGGGUGAGCUGCUCUGAUGUCACAGAAUGUAGGGAUGCUGGGGAGGGGAGAAGUGGUUGCUUCUUUCCAUGCACAUUGUGUUAACUUUUUUCUUCCAGAGAAGCAGGAUGUUCAUAACUUCCUCUUGGCUAACUUGAACAAUGGGGGCAUCCUUGAGUUGAUGAUGAGGUACCUGAAAGUGAUCAGCCUGAAGUUCCUUGUGAAAUGGCCGCCGGGCUUGGCUGAGGUUGUGCUGAACAUCUACAACAGCUGGAGGAAGCACAGCAGCAGCCUCCCCAAUCCGCUGCUAAGGGACUGUCGCAACGAGCACAUCAGGGUAAGGAAAUACUUCUGGAGGUCACCUCGCUCUGUUGCCACCCAAGCACCACCUCUAAAGGGUACAUGUGUGAGAGAGACUUAGUUCCUGUAUAGCAGGAGCUGUGUCUGGUAGCCAGAGAUAUGGUGCCAGGCAUGGGCUACGAUCCGCAGAGCAUGUCUCUGCUUCUUUGCUGUUGUUUUUUUACCCUACUCUUCAGCUGAAAAGGCUCUCAGGGUGAUUUGCAUACUGUCAAAAAAAUCACCCAUGGGAAAGGUAUCCUAGGAUCUCCACUGGCUCCAGGUUUGUAUCUUGAUUGACAGUUGGGAGUAAACUUUUCCCAUCAGGACACACUUAGCUGGCAAGAUGCUCACUGCCUGCCCUCUGCUCCCUUUAUUUUUAGGAUCAAGCUUUCCUUAGGUGUCGUGUGAUAAAGGUUUGAAGAGCGAGCCAGGGGGCCAGUCGCCUCCUGAUGCUUCUUCUCUCUGCAGCAAAAUGUCUUUCAGCUGCUGUUUCUGAUCUUUCACAAAUACUGUAGUCAACACUGCUUCUUCUCAUAAGAAGGGUUUUUCUGCUGGAGGUGCAAAUUGCAAAUGAUUCCCCCUCCAAUCCCCUGAUGCCUUCCUAACCCUCCUCUCUCCACCCCCCACUUUUGUCUCUGCUCUAGGAUAUGAUGCUGAUGAGUCUGUCCUGCAUGGAGCUGCAGCUUGACCAGUGGCUGCUGACCAAAGGGAAGAGCUCAAUGGGUGAGUGAGCACUGGGUGUUAGCAAGUGCUUCCUCCGAGGAAAGGUCCUGCAAACUCCCUCCGGUGAGAUACGAGUCCCCACAGGAAACACGUGCUUGAGCUUAGAAGCUGGGCCUGGUAGUCGAUCUUGAGGUUUGCACAUAGACAUUCCCAAGUUGACCUUUUGGCAUUGAAGUCAGGUUGGAGGAGACUGGAGAGUCCCCAGCCACUUGGGUCAGAUGGACCUGGAGCAGGACAGGGCAGCUUCUGGGGUUUCACUGCUUCAUAAGCAAACCCAAUGCCUUGCAAAAGAGAAGCGAGUUUUUCUCUGUUAUGUUUCCUCAAUCGGCAGAUCUUGGGGUUCUCUGCUCCCAAUGCUGUUGUUUAGACUUUGAGCUGUGAAGAAUCUGAGCUCUCAGCCUAGAACCUUGUACUGAAAUGUGAAAUAAACUGUUUCAGUGUCUCCAAGGAACGGCCCUGCAGGUAGCUCUGUAAACGGGAAGUUUGGCCCGGAUUUCCCUGGCAGCCACUUCCUGGGGGAUCUGCUCCAGCUCUCAUUUGCCUCUUCUCAGCGAGACCUCUUUGAGGAGGGCUGGCUGGAGUUCGUGGUUCGGGUGUAUUGGCUGAAGGCUCGCUUCCUGGCCCUGCAGGUUUGUAUUUCGGGGGUUUUUUUGGGGGGGGGACUCCUGGUGCUGCACAGCUUCUGUGGUGUUUGCAGCAGAUUACCUAAUUAAGCACUACUGGCUUUAGAUCUUUAGACAUUGGGCACACAGCUUCUCUUCUGUGAGGCUAUAGUGGAAAUCUGGGUACAAAGGCAGAGUGAGUUUAAAAAAAAACCUUGAGCAAAAGGCUUUGCAAAAAGCAGCUUGAGGUAUGGAGUUCCUGGGAGGGGCUGGCUGGGGGAAGGAGCUUAGCUGGCAGGCUGCAGUUGAGCAUGCUGCUUGCUUUCCCAGGGGGACAUGGAGCAGGCCUUGGAGAACUAUGACGUCUGCACAGAGAUGCUCCAGAGCUCUGCUGCAGUGCAGGCCAAAGCUGGUGACGAGAACGUGGUGAUCCGGUUGCCAAAUCUCCAUGUGGACUCUGUGGUCUCGUUGGAAGAGGUAACACCAGCUGGAUGUGGGAACAUUUGGGUCACUGCAAGAGGCUGGCUGCACUUGCCUUCCUUGUGAGGAUGAACUCAUAGCAGUUAUGCCGGGGAUGCAAACAUGGAAGCAGCCAUGACCCCAUUACCAAAGUGUGUGUGCGCUUUGUGUGUUGAAAGUCCCGGGUUCAGCCCUUCAAGGAAACACCCUCUGCCUGUCAGAGUGGAGACUGUUGAGCUAAGUGGGCCACUGGCUCAACUUUGUCUCAGAAAGCUUCGUAUGUUUGAGUCUGGAUAAAUGCUUGACUAAACUACCUGUGAUUUGUGGUUCUGGUUUGAAAACUGAAAUGAAGCAGUAUGUGUCCCUCAGUUGGGCUCCUGCCUUACUGUCACCUUGGUCCGUUGCUGCCUUCAGAGCAGCUAAUUCUGUUGCUUGUGGAACAUGUGAGAGAGGAUUGCCCCUUGCAACAUGCAGUGUGUGACUCUUGCAGAUUGAGAAGAACCUCAAGUCCCUGGAGAGAUGCCAGUCCCUGGAGGAGAUCCAGCGCUUGUACGAGGCCGGCGACUACAAAGCGGUGGUGCGUCUGCUGCGGCCCACCUUGUGUUUCAGCGGAUACGGCCGGACGAAGCACCUGGAAUUUGUCAUCUCCAUUCCGGAGAGGCCGGCUCAGCUGCUCCUGCUGCAGGUGGGGUUGUCUGAGGGCAGCAGGGAAGGCCAAACCGGCAUAGCCAGCCUUGAUGGUUGCAGCAGAGGCUGCCAGGAAACAGCAGCCAGCAAAACAACCAGCAGGUUCACUGGGCUGACUCUGGCAUUACGGUGCUAGUUCCUUUCGCUGUGCGGAGGGGAAAGCGCUCUGGGUGUGCUGCUGUUCGAAGCUGUUUUUAAGGAAAUGAACACCCAAGUUGUUGGAAACCAUGGGGUUAGGGAAGGCGAGGGAGAGUGUCCUUGUGCUCAAGUCCUGCUUGAGGGUACCUGGUUGGCCACUGUUAGAUAGAGAUGCUGGAUUAGAUGAGCCAUUGGCCUGAUCCAGCAGGGCUCUUUGUAGGUUCUUGAGGAGUCCUUGGGGUGUCUUCUUGAUGGCUUUUAUGCAGUGCUUCGUGUUUAUCCUGGUCACGUCACGCAAACGCAGAGAAACGGAGGGUGUACAGGAACCUGUUGUCCGCAUCUUUCAGCCUUUCUGGCCCAAGUGCUCUUUGCCACAAGCACCGGUGCCCUCUCCAUAGGGAGCCUACAUGGGCGUGCCUCUCACUGCCCUUCCAUGUGCAGAUCUAGGAAAGGUUCCCAGCAGCUGUCUUGCAAAUGCUCUUGUACAUUUUCCUCCAAGGCGUCUCUUCUUCUUCAAUGCUCCUCAGGAUUCCCUGCUCAAGCUGCAGGACUACCGGCAGUGCUUUGAGUGCUCGGAAGUUGCCCUGAACGAAGCCUUUCAGCAGAUGAUCAACAUGACAGAGGCAUCUGCCAAGGAGGAGUGGGUGGCCACUGUCACGCAGCUGCUCGCGGGGAUCGACUGCUCCCUUUCCUCGGACAGCAGCAGCCUGGAGGAGCCGCCAGCCUUGCAGAGCCUGGUCCGACUGACCAGCAACCUCGUCCAGGUAUCCCGCUCUUUGCCUGAGGACCCACAUUGCUCUUGGAGAGCAGGAGACCUGUUGGCAGCCUUUCUCUGAGCCACUGGUGACAUGAGGGUCUGUUCUGCAGUUGCUGGGGGGAACGUCAUUUUAAUAUAUCAAAAGCAGCCAGGGGAGGAGGGUCAUUCCCCAGGGGCUCUGAGUACAGAGCAUUGGAAUGGGAGCCUGCCAGGUCUUAGGAGGGGGGCAGCUCUGGAGGUCUUCCAGCUCCCAGUGGCAGCUCAUGGCCUUGGUUUGGCCCUUAAACUGGUUCCCAGUGGGAGUGGGGAAAGGAAGGUACUGCAUAAUCCAGAGCAAAAGCUAAACCCCAAACCCCUUUCUUUGGCUGUAAGAGCAGUUGGAGUUCCUGUCCUCUCAACAGUGUCCGCUAGAAGAGAAGCAAGAAGGAGAAACACCAAACCAGACUUAUCGUAAUGGGUAGUGGCAGAGGGGGAAGGAGAGCACGAAUACUAGUUCCCUCCUAGGUUAGAGCUCAGCUCCACCCUCUGCUUUGAGGGGCUCUCUUUCUUUCUUUCUCUCUGUCUCUCCUCAGCCUCUUCCCAAGUCUCCAGCUUCCAUCCUUACUUGGGUGGCAGCUGAAGGCUCUAUGCAGCCUUGGCAGUGUGUGUGUUUAAAGAGCCUUCCACCCUCUCACACACUUUGGCUGCCCCUGUUGACCAUUCCUUUCUGCCCUGGCUGCUGCCAUGAGUUUCUCUUGGGAGGAGAGGGUUGGCUCAGGGAAGGGUUAGUCUUGCUCAGCGCAUGGCUCUGCCAGUAUCCAUUUGGAAAUGUGGUUUAGUGUUGCUACAUGGCUAAGCAGUUUUCCUACUGCUCUGUUGUGCAGCCAGAUUCAGCCCCUGAUGAAUUUGGAGGGGGGCAUGUUUGUGUAAGUGAAGAACAUCCCCUAUUGUUUUAUGAGCCUGAAACCAGCUUGGUCAUUCUGGGGCCACUUGGGUGAUGACUUGAAUGCCUGUCAUUAGUAUGUUCCUGUUAGAAGAGCUGAAUGUUGUCCCCUCUGUGGGUUUAACUUGCCCCACGUCUGUUCCUUGAAACCCCUCCACCCCAGAUCAUCGACUGCAGCAUGGCUGUCCAGGAGGAGCCCAAAGAGCCUUCUGUGUCUUCGGUGCUUCCCUGGAUUAUUCUUCACAGGAUCAUUCAGCAUGAAGAAGACACCUUCCGCUCCCUCUGCUGCCAACAGGAGGAGCAGCAGCUGCAGAGCCAAAAUGAGGAAGGUGGGGAACAACUGUGCCCUCUGCGGUGCGUGGGAAGCGGCUGUGUUCUUCCAUGAGAGGUUGAGUUGGGCAUUCAGGAAAUCUGUGCCUGCCAAAACAAGGCAAAAAGACAGAGCACCAGAAUGCAUGCAGAUCAAUGGCAACGUCCCUUGUAGCCUUCUUUGUCAGUCUUGUCACUGGAUUCUUGUACACGGAAGACAAACAUAUUGUUAGAAGUGGCUCUCUGUAGCAAAACAUUGCCUGUGUGCAAGAGCCCUCCAGGUUCUCCCUUCUCAGGCUGGAGGUUGCCUGGAACAAGUGAAAGGGCUGCUGGAACUGGCUAGCCAGUGAUUACUUUGGGGUGUGAUUCUGGGGCCUUCAAAAAAUUUUCCGGGGCAGAUGGCCCUUACCCCUUCUUUUUUAACAAACAGGUGGAAUUACUCCAGCCUCCGUUGUUAUGCUUCAGAGAGCCCAUGGAAUGAUGUUCACAUGUCCACACCAGCAUCGUUCCAGAGGCACUCCAGGGCUGGGGGGCGGAGAGGAAGUGUGACGGCAGCCAGAACUCCUGUUGCCAUUUCCAAAGCCACCAUCUCCUGAGCUGUUUAGUAAAGGGUAGUGGUGGUGUGGAAGUAGAAACUGUUACUGUUGCCAUAACAGGUGCUUCUACCACCAUCCCCAAAUCUCCCCUCCCACUUGGAGAGACCAAAUAUUCCUCUCCCCACCCUAACAAAAUUGAGUUUUUGGGGUGGAGGUUCCUGCAGAGAAAAAUGUUUAUUGUGAGACUUCCUUGUUCUGAGCAGACAUCAAGCAUUUUUGGUGAACAUAAUAAAACAACUGGGUCUUUCCCUGUAUAAGGGAAUUUUGGGCUAGGAACUAAUUUGGGGGCUAGUCCAGGGGCCAUCAGGUAUGGCUGGGCCAGCUGCUUCUUGCCCAUUUGACUCAUGCACCUCCCAUACCAGAUCUGUGGCUUUUUGUUUGUCCAGCAAUUACUUGACAUUCAUUUUGUCAUCAGCAGCUCAGAAUCUGGACACUCCUAUGCUGCCCUCUUCCCUGAUGCUACUGAACACGGCUCACGAAUACCUUGGGAGGAGAUCGUGGUGUUGUAACUCAGACGGAGCCCUUCUUAAGUUCUAUGUGAGUAGCCCUCCUUGAAAUAGCCCAGAUUAACCCUCUUCCUCUCCCCACUCGUUGAGAGAUCUGUGGAACACAGACUCAUGCGGAGAGAGGAAUGUUCCUUCAUAUUCUCACCCACCAAGCAGCACGCUUCCUCCGAGGCUUCUUCAGCCGUCCCCUGCCCAGGCGGUAGCCUUGACCUCAGUGAAUUUUGUCAUUCCAGGUACGGGUGCUGCAAAAAGAGCUUUUGGCCUCUACCUCCGAGGACACCCAUCCCUAUAAGGAAGAGCUGGAGACGGCUCUGGAGCAAUGCUUUUAUUGCCUGUAUAGCUUCCCGAGCAAAAAGAGCAAGGCUCGGUACCUGGAAGAACAUUCCACGCAGCAGGUGAGACUGUCUCAGGUCUCCUUCGGAGAGAAAAGGCAGGAUGCUCAGUGACAGGCAGGUCUCUCUGCUUCCAGAGAUUGGAAUCCCACGAGCUGGAGAUGGAAAGCAGCAGCCCUUGGCUACUCCCCAAGGACAUCUUUGUUACCUGCAUGGGGGAAUGCUGGACUCAGAGUAGACCUUGUCUUCCUUCUCCUCCUCCCAGGUGUGGGGAAGAGCAUUUGCAGCUCUGUGGCAAAGCAUCUGCAUUGCACACAGAAGGUCCCAGGUUCAGUCUAGCAGCAUCUCCAGACAGGGCUUGGAGAGAACCCUGCCUGGAAAACCUGGAGGAGCUGCUGCCAGUCAGUGUAGGCAUUCCUGGCUUUGAUGAACUAGUGGCCUGACUCAAAGAAUUGUGGAGCUGGAAGGAACCACAAAGGUCAUCUAGUCCAGGAAUCCUUUUGCCCAACUUGGGGCUUGAACCCUUGACCCUGAGAUUAAGAGCCUCAUUCUCUACCAACAUGUCCUUUGCCACUCAGCCACAUAAGGCAGCUUACUAUGUUGCUAAGCAGCUGGACUGAGAUGUACACUCGAAAUCUGACUUAGCUCCUCUUGUUCCUGGCAAGGCCUGAUGCAUCUCUUGCCUUCUUUCCAAGGUGGAUCUGAUGUGGGAAGACGCCUUGUUCAUGUUUGAAUAUUUCAAGCCCAAGACCCUUCCUGAAUUUGACAGCUACAAAACCAGUACAGUGUCUGCUGACCUGGCCAACCUUCUGAAGAAGAUGGCCACCAUUGUCCCGCGGACAGACAAGCCUAUGCUGAGGAUAGAGGAGGUGUCUAGCUACAUUGAAGGGACUCUGAGCAAGGUACAAGCCUCUUGCAUCAUUUGGGGGGUGAUUAAGGGGGAGGGGUGCUGCUGCUGGGGCUCCUGCCUUCCUUCUCGGAGGAGUGGGGGAUGCAUUUGUCAACAAUGAGCCUAGUUUGCUGGUGCAUUCAGAUACAGGCUAUUUGUAACGGAGAAGUGACUUCACUGCCUUGUGGGCAUCCAGUAAUUGAAUUCCAUCUUUUUGUAAUGUCUGUUCUUUUGUUUAAGCUCUCUCGAAGUCUUAUUCUCAUCUGUUGCUUCCUUUAGAACCUGUUUUGGCUCUCUAGAAGCUGUUACACUACAACUGAGAUUCCUGCAUUGCAGGAGGUUGGACUUGAUGACCUUUCGCUCUACAAUUCUAUGUUUCUAUGAACUCCCGUCAUCCCUGAGCCAUGCUGGCUGCUAAAGCUGAUGGGAGCUGGAGUCCAAUUACAUGUGGAAAGUCACAAAUUUCCCACACCUGUAUUAGAAUAAUGUGAGGCCUGAGGAUGGCAUUCCAUGCUAAGCCAAUUGCAGUUUUCUCAACAGCUUUUUUCCUUCCACUGAGCCCCAAGGCUGUGAGGAGUCUCCUCCCACAGGCACUUUCAGGGGUUGGCAGCUUCUGCCCACGACAAGCCCAGGCAUCCUUAUUCUCCCCUUCCUUGCCAGGUUCCGGCUCUCCCCGAGGGUGCCGACUACUCUCCUCCGGUGGUGACAGAGCUGUACUACCUCCUCGCAGAUUACCACUUCAAGAACAAGGAACAGUCUAAGGCCAUCAAGUUCUACAUGCAUGACAUCUGCAUCUGCCCUAACAGGUCAGUUUAGUGAACCCCUGACACCAGAUGAGAUGCCUGGUCAUUCCGUCGUUGGUUCCUGGAUGGUGUGUGUGUGUCAUGUAAGGGCCCCUUGAAUUUGGGCUUGCAUUUUCCCUGUGCCCUGAGCAUUGGCACAUUGUGGUUGUGUUGGCAUCUGCUGCCUUGAAGAGGCACGCACAACCAGUCCCCCCGGUGUGUGUUGUUGUGCCAGAACACAUGAACCCUUUUUAAUUGCACAAACCUAAAUUUACUGGUAUGUGAUUGAAUCCCUGCCACAGGAUAAUGACUGUCAUGGAAGUGCUAACUUGUGUGCGUGUCCAGAUAAGCUUUCUAAAAUCUGAGCACCUGAGCUGAAAAGCUCCCAGCAGUAGCCAUGGAGGGAACGCAAGAGCCAGUGGAGGGAGGUGGUCUUUUUUAAAUACCCUGAUCACAAACUGUUCAGGGCUGCAAAGGUGACUGACGAUGGGGUAUAAUAAACACCUUUAGAAGAAACACAAAAAGGCUGUUGUGAUAUAACAAAGUGAGAUGGUGGAGAGAUCAGGACUGAACUUUUCAAGGUGCGGGGGGUUGUUGUGUGCUGUUCUUCUCCCAGGUUUGACUCUUGGGCUGGCAUGGCGCUGGCUCGAGCCAGCCGCAUCCAAGACAAGCUGAACUCCAACGAGCUGAAGAGCGACGGCCUCAUCUGGAAGCACGCCACCCCUGUUCUGAGCUGCUUCAAGCGAGCCCUGGAGAUUGACGGCUCCAACCUCUCCCUGUGGAUAGAGUACGGCACCAUGUCCUAUGCCUUGCACUCCUUCGCCUCCAGGCAGCUGAAGCAGUGGAAGUCGGAGCUGCCAGCUGAGGUCGUGCAGCAGGUGAGGGCUGAGCUGGAGCUUGCAGGCCCUGGCCGGGGUCGGGAAGCGGGGGCUCACCAGACCCAAAAAUGCAACCACCCCCAGCAGCUCUUGCUGCUGCUGCAAGGCUUGAAACUCCCUCCCCAUGUUUCAGAUGGCAGAGCGGCGCGACGGCAUGCUGGAGACGGCCAAGCACUGCUUCAUUUCAGCGUCUCACUGUGAGGGCGAUGGAGACGAGGAGGAGUGGCUGAUCCACUACAUGCUGGGGAAGAUUGCUGAAAAGCAGAAGCAGCCGCCUGUGGUCUACCUCCGUCACUACAAGCAGGCAGGGCAUUUCCUGCACGAGGAAGCGGCCAGGUACCCCAAGAAGAUCCACUAUCAUAACCCGCCGGAGCUUGCAAUGGAGGCCCUGGAGGUAAAAGCAAUGAAGCCAGCCAGCCAGGCGUGGCCUUGAAGCAGAACAAAACCCUCGGAGCUCUUGAGGGAAAGGUCCACUGGCACGUUCUAGGCAGGAGUUCUCUAUAGCAGCCACUACCUCCCUUUGCAUCUGAUCCCCCUCUAGGAAGGGCGGGUAAGGAGCUCAGAGAGGGAGAGCUAGUGUGGGAGUCACCAUUAAAGCAUCUGCAGCCUUUGCCCUCCUGACUUUGCCAGGGCUGGAAGGCAACUUGCUUGGGGUGGGGGUUUUGGGGGGCGGGGGUGGGGUUGGAUGGAAGGAAUACAAAGGAUCUGUAGCCUUUCCGGCCCCCUGACAUGCCCCUAAACCAGGGAGGAAAUUGCGCCAGCUCAAGCGCUGAUGUGGUUUCAUAUGGCUGAUUUCUAUUGAGAGCUGGGCAGUGACCCCCACCCACCACCGGCCAAGUCUUAGAACUGCAGCUUUAAAGUGUUUUUCAAAAAUACAGUCCAAAGGUCAAGCCAUUGCUCUUUCUUCCCUCCUUUAUUGCUCCAUCACUUGUGGCAGCUUCCAAGAACUGCCCCUUUUCCGACGGGUGGUGAGAGCUUUUCUCCCCAGUUGUCAUCUUUUCCAGGAAAGCAGCUUCUUUCUCCCAAUCCUGCAGAAAGCAACCCUCUUUCUCUUACACUGCCAAUAGCAAGCAGGCGUCUUUACAUGUAAUUAUUUGCUAUGGAUAAUAAAGUGGUAAAUGGCCAGCUAGGUUUUUUGGGAUACAUUUAUAAUAUGUUAGGCUGUUGUUGCCCUGCCUUUGUUUCUUCCCCUUAGGUCUAUUUUCGGCUUCAUGCCUCCAUUCUGAAGCUUGUGGGGAAGCCCAACUCUGGGGUGGAUGCUGAGAUGCUGGUCACAUUUAUGAAGGAAGCUGCCGAGGGGCCUUUCGCCAGGGGGGAUGAAAAGAACACCCCCAAAAUAACUGAAAAGUGAGUGCUGACUUUCUCAGGGUCAAUGGGAGAGCUUCGGUUAAAUGGGAGGCUCCAUUGCCAGCGCCAAAACAGCUUAAAGUGAACGCAUGUAUCACAAGCAGGUGGGGCAGUUGCAGCUGCUGCCUGCCAUGGCUGGUUGGGCCAGGGAGGCUCUCCAGGCAGAGCCAAAGUGCAACUGCCAGACACUGACAACAGACCUCCUUAGAGGGAUUUGAGUGGUAGCCCUCACCCCCUGUAAUAGGUGCUACCGUGUGUCAGUACAGCCUCCCUCCCUUCUUUCUCCUCCAGAGAAAAGCUCUGCCUGGUGGAUGACGACUCCCACUCCUCUGCCGGGACUGUGCCGGGCCCAGGGACUUCCCUCCCCUCCUCAUCCGGUCCAGGUCUGACUUCCCCACCCUACACAGCUACUCCAGUUGACCACGAUUACGUCAAAUGUAAAAAAAACCGUCAGCAGGCAACACCGGAUGGUACAGUCCCUGUUCUCAAUACUGCCGGCACAGAGAGGUGCUGUAAUCAGGGUGGGGGGGCUCAUUUCGGCAGAUUUGCUUGCUUCAAGGAGGGCGAUGGGGCUGCGGUAACACGGGCAAUAUUGCAACUCAUUAUUAACCUCAUAAAGGUCGCCACCUCCCAUCCAACCUAAAUGGGCAAGACAGUUGGAUGAUCUGUAUUCAAGGGUAUUUCGAGGCUCGGUUGAAUGCUGUGGGAUUCGUAGGCAAAUUGUCCUGGGGGCAGUUCUGAAAUCCAGACCUCUGCCAUUUGGGCAAUGGGAGGCAGGUGGCAACCGUGCGAGUGUCAUGUUCGCAGUAUGAAGUGGAGAGGCUUCAGCUGACAACUUUUCCUCCUCCUCUUAUUAUUACAUCUUCUCCCCUCCUUUCCCCCUCCUCCGAAGUUUCUAAACUGGCUGGCUCAUCUCCAUUGCUGAUGCACAUUAUAACCCAGUAGUCUUAAUGGCAAAAUGCUGUCAAUCUCAGACUGGGGUAGAGAACAUUUGUGUUGAGUGUGUCACAGUAAUACUAGCCUCACCCCUUUUAGUAUUGCUUUUGUGCUAAUUUUUGUUUCCUUUUAGCAGUAUAUCUGCAUUCCGAAACAAAUUUGGGCUGGAGGGUUAAGGCCUGUAGAUUAUUUUGUGCCUUAAUUGGCAUGGUUUGGUUGAAUUCUGUCUGUUUCCAUGAGCACAAAUCCCCCAUGGAUAGCACUAGGGAGACCUGCUUUGUUGUAUUCAGAAGAUUUUAGGCCCUGGCAGCAGGACUGGGUAGUGGCAGGUGAUGGGAACAGCAGCCCCACUGCCCUGCUUCUAGUUGGAGGGGAGAAUGUCAGGAUACAAGAACAAAUCACUUGACCUGGCUUCAUAAGGCAGAUUCACGGGUUCUGUAGGUUGUGCAUGUUGAAAGUCAAAUGUAUUUCUGAACGAUUUGGGAGCAUGAGUUGCCUGCCUUUGACAAAACCCAAAGGACAGUUUGAAGAGCCGCCUCCUCCUCACCUCCUUCCCCUUAGCUGGCCCUCGUUCCUGGGGUUGCUGCUUCUGUCCAGGUAUCUAGUUACUGCUGCCACCGCAGUGGAAGGUGCCAAGUGUGAAUUCCUUUUGGCCAAAGCCAGGGAACAAUAGGAUUUUUCCAAAAGGAACAACCAAGCCUUGCACAGCUGGUCGCAUCUUACAACGUUGUUGGCACAGAGGAGCUGAAAAUGAUUUGGCUCAGACCUGGCAGCCCACGUCCCAGGCAGAGAAGCAGCAGCUUAAUAUAGAAUUGCCUGCUCUGCAUCGCCUGGGAAGUGGGUUCAUCAUAUUGGCAUUAUUCCCUUUUGGGCUUCGGGAGGGGUAUGCUGACAUCUCAACAAAAGUUGGAUGUUUGCAGUUCUGUCCAAAAAAACCCCAAAAGCAUGUCUAUUUUGAAAUGGUGCUUUGGAAAUGCUUUGCUUCUGGGCUCACAGCCAUCCCACAAAGCUGCUUGGGAAGGAAAGCCAGCACUGAAUUUGAAGCUGUCUCUUUAGGUGUGCUGGGCUGGUUUGGUUUUGGGUAUCUCUCAUGUUGGUUAAAUCAAAAUAAAAUAAGCAGACACCACUGGAUGUGCCACAAAGGCCACACGUGGCUCUUCCCAGGAGUAAUGGCAGUUUAUAAUGUGGGUAUCCGGAGCCAGGACUUCCACUCCAGCCAUGCUUUGUUCUCAGGAGAGCUUCUCAAGGUAAUUCAGGAGCCAGAAGGAAUGGGGGCAAAGACCCAAGAGUGGAAAUGGUGUGUGUGUGUGUGUGUGUGUGUGUAUGAGAGAGAGAGAGAGAGACUAAAGCAGUCCAGUAAACCAGACUUUGAGACUAAGCAAAUCUCUGAGAGGAUGCAGUUAACUAUAAACCCCUUACACCCUACAUAUAUCUAUGUACAUAAAUCUAUAAAUAGCAGUCAAAAGUAUUCAGUAUACAGUCGUACCUCAGUUCCUCAACACCUUGGGAGUCGGAAUGUUCUGGCUUCCAAACCAUCGAAAACCAGAAGUGAGUGUUCUGGUUUUCGAACAUUUUGGGGGGAAGCCGAACAUCCGGUGCUGCUUCCACUGUUGUUUCUGGUGCGCCUGUGCAAUCGGAAACCAAUCAGAAGUCACGCCUUGGUUUCUGAAUGUUUCAGAAGCCGAACAGACUUCUGGAAUGGAUUCUGUUCAACUCCCGAGGUACAACUGUAUAUCAGAAACUGUAUAUCCCAAGCACAGAGAAAGGAAAAAGUGUUCCCAAACAAUGACUAAGGGCAGGUAUCAUCACUAACUUAUUCUUUCCAAAAACCAAAAUCCAUAAAAACCAUUACUCAGUAAACUGAUCUUCCUAUAUUGGCUUCUCCCAUGCAUGGAUAAGCAUAUGUUCGUGUUAUCAUUAUAGCAACAUUCAAUAUCCUACGAAGCCAAGUCGAUGGUGCUGUAAACAUUUCCCCAGAAGUGAGCUAUUGCUGUUUCUGAAGCUCAAUGGUUGGUUACCUUGGGCCUGCCACAGUCCCUCAACCUAACAGGGUUGUUGAGAGGAUAAAAUGGGAAAGGAGGAGAACCAUGUACUCCAUCUUGACUUUCUUGGAGGGCAGGUGAGAUAUAAUAGCAAUUAGUAAUAAUUUCUUCUAGCUGCUUAACAUAGUAUAAUAUCAAUUGCCAAUUAAUUAUUUUGAGGGGGCAGUUUUAAAAUAUGAAUAUAAUCAGCACAUGUUUAUCCGCAAUGCCAACAGUUAUUCCAAGUCAGCUUAUAAAACAAUAUUUAUGUGGGAAUCACAUAUGACAUUACCGAUGCAAUGUUUUUGCAAAUUCAUAAGAUUCUCAUUCUCCUGCAGCCAAAGCCAUACUUUAUAUCUUAGCAAUACCACUAACAUAAAUUGUAAUACCACUUCUUUUGAAAUGGCUGCAAUUCUUGAUAGCAGGAUACAGAAAAGGCUUAAUGAGUGUAACUAAGUGGCCCUUUUACCCACCACCUACUUCCAAUUUGGUAGCCUGGAUUUCCAAACACAUUUAAAGAGUGUCUGAUUUGAAAAUAUUAAUCCCUUCUAGGAAUACCUGGAUACAUUUUGUUUCUUCCAAAAAGUUAUAAUAAGAAACUGACUUGUUGCAUAUAGGCCAUUUAUGUUCCAGUCAAAUAUAUCCCCCAAUAUUUCUUCUUAAUUAAUUAAUUUGUAGUAACAACAGGAAAUAGGAGGAGAAAGACCUUGGAUUGUGUUUGGCCUCAUUCUUCCUUUGCCCAUAUGCUACGUUCAGCUUUGAGACACAGUUUUUGACUUGCUCUUUCGAUAUCUUCUCUAUUAUACCGGACAAAUAGACAGAAAACUCCCACUCUGCUCAUAUUCCUUUGUGUUGGUUAUGCUGCAUGCAUCAUAAAACUCUGAAGAUUUUGGGACACCUGCUGUGCCCAGAGAUUUCACAACAUGGUCAUAACUAUUCUAGGUUUCUUACCCCAGCCCCCAAAAUAAAUUCAGUUUCUCUGUCUUGCUGAACACCUGUCUUCUUUCUUAAGAACAUGGGAGUCCUGCUGGAUCAAGCACCGGUCUAGUCCAACCUUCUGUUCUCACAGUGGCCGAUCAGAUGCCCCAAGUGAAGCCCAUCAGCAAACAAAAUUAUAAUUUAUUAUUUGUACUCCACCCAUCUGGCUGGGUUUCCCCAGCCACUCUGAGCAGCUUCCAACAGAGAUUAAAAAUACAUUAAAACAUCAGUCAUUAAAAACUUCCCUAAACAGGGCUGCCUUCAGAUGUCUUCUAAAAGUCAGAUCGUUGUUUAUCUCCUUGACAUCUGAUGGAAGGGCGUUCCACAGGGCGGGAGCCACUACCAAGAAGGCCCUCUGCCUGGUUCCCCGUAACUUGGCUUCGCACAGUGAGGGAACCGCCAGAAGGCCCUCGACGCUGGAUCUCAGUGUCCGAGCAGAACGAUGGGGGUGGAGACACUCCUUCAGGUAUACUGGGCCGAGGCCAUUUAGGGCUUUAAAGGUCAACACCAACACUUUGAAUUGUGCUUGGAAACGUACUGCCUCAUAAGUCACAAGAGAGCUUGAAACGUACUGCCUCUUAAGUCACAAGAGAGCUUUAUAACUAAAGCAUACCAGCAUCCUGUUUAAUUUAUAAUUGUUGCUGGUCCUUUCAGUCUUUUUAUUGCCAUUCUGAAAUGUUUUUAUGCUGCUUUUUUAAGUUAACGGUGUAUUAUCUUUUCAUUUGUUUUGUGAUUUUUGUUAACUGAAUCAACCCACCAAAAAACUCUGGAGUGCAGUUUAAUGGUCCCACCCAUGGCCAAUUGCAAGCACACCUGCUGAAUCAUUGUCUGGAUUUGAUAACGGGCUGGAUGAGGGCCAAUAAACAGAGUGCUGGAUCCUGACAAGACAGAGGCAGUGUGUGUAGAGGUGAUUGUCAGGCCUGGGAAACAGAUGCGAAAUCUGUUCUGGAUGGAGGUGGCCUUCUUCUGAAAGAGGAAGUCCACAGCUUGCGGGUGGAAGCUCAUUGAUCCCUCAUUGUCUCUUGGGGGCACAGAGUACCUUUUACAAGCUGGCUUGCUAAUGGGUGCCGUUCUUGGGCAGAGAUAGGCUGGCUGCAGUAAUCUUUGUAGGGUUGACAUACUGUAUUAUACAUGGCAUGGAGCCUCAACUCUGGCAUCCCCUCCCUAGAGAGGCUCGGCUGUUGUCCAUUUUUCGGUCUUUCCAGCAUAGAGCUCACUACUUCUGAAUAAAACGUAAACAGCAAUUACGGCUCAUUUUACUUGCUCCCUGUGAGCAUGUCCACAAGAGUUGGCUUCCAGCGGCGUCGGGGCUGCCAUAUAAGCCCAGCCUCUGUGUGGUUUAGGGACUCAUAACCGGAAUCCUUUUGACAAAAAGAGCUUGAUUUUGCCAUAUCCUGGAAUUCUCAGUGACUGAGGUAGAGUAAGGUACAGCUGGUUGAAUGAGGAAUGUUAGUAACGGUUAAGUAGCCAAGAACCCCCAAGUCCAGUCCAGAAGUUGCAAAUAGAAAUGGGAAGUUAUUAAAAUGAAAACCAGUUGUCCCAGGCAAGAGACUUGACAGACUUCCUUUCCAAGAUUCGUCUAGUUUUGGUGUCACAUUUGUCUUAAGCGUGUUUGCUGUGUAGCAGAGUGUUCUAACUUGUUCUGCAGUAAAUGCAUGGGGAGGCCCGUGUCAUUCAUCCAUUCAGUAGAGCAGAAAGCAUCCAUUCUUGUCAUUUGGUGCUCUUUGUACAACUAAAUGUCGCUUUUCUUGUUGUCGUCGUCGUUUUUUCCGUGCUGUCUUUUGUGUGUUUGUUGUGCCUUUGUAACCAAUAUUGCCCGUGCUGCCUUAACCCUUUUAAAAACUCUGUUCAUAGAUAUUCUCUCCCUGCUUUUUUAUCCAUCACGGCUUGCUUGAACAAUAGGCCAGAACUGCAGCUUAACCGCUUUGGGGGAUGAGGAAUCUGUUCACUGUGGUAAUGUAGAGAUCCAGUUUCUGGAAAAGCUUCCUCGAGAUGAGUUGCAACCCUUGGAUUCCCGCCCCCCCCCCCAACACAUGCUCUGCCUCCAUCCCGUUCUGUUCUUUGCGCCAGGGAUGGGCAGCCUGUGUCCCCUCCUGGAUGAGGGUGAUUACAACUCCCAUCAUCCCCUACUCUCUGACCAUGCCAAACCCUGCUUUUUGCAAAUGUUGUGUCUUUCAUUAACACUCAUAGCCUAGUCCUUGUACUUCUGGAAAAGGGCUCUUAGAAGAUGUGCAAAGGCUCAUUAGUGGCUGGGCAGGGGGGCGGGUUUUAACUAGCCAAACAUAAAUUUGGUAUGCACGGAUUCUGAAAAUGCUGGUUCCCAUGGUUGGGUCCUUGACUUUCAAAUAGCACAAAUAAAAGCCACUAUGAUCCUUUGUUUUAAAUUCUGUAUAAGCCUUACGCACACUGUCUAUAUGCUUUUGUUCGUUAGUUUGUUUCCAAAUUUCCAAAAAUUAAUUGCAGAAUUUAUAAUCUAAGUAUAACCAGAAAAGGGGGGGCAGGAUAAUGCUAAACAAUACUAAAAUACAUAAUUAGAAUACAGUUGAAAAAUUGCAGAUACUGCUAAUAAUGCUUGAAAUGCGCACUCAUCCCUAUGACAUUCCCGUGACAUCCUUAUGUCAUGUGACCGUGUGAGAGGUAUUCUGAGGUGGGUGGUCUUCAUGUAGGUCGUCUUGUUGGCAGUAUGUCCACUGCAGCAUCCUGAUGUACACCAUAAUCUCAGAGUGAUACACUUGCCUUUGAGAUGACUUUGUAACCUGCAGCUGGAAUGGGAUUCAGACAUGAGAACACACAUCAGGCCUGAUCCACACACCAGGCCUUCUAGCCCACAUUUCUUGGUUUUGCGAGUCUCCAUCUGGACAUUUCCCCAGAUAUAGUGGCUGGUGAAAAUGAAGAGCAUCGUCUGCCUGUGGCAACACUUCUGCUUUUCUUGUUUUUAAAACAAGCAGUGCCAUUCUGAAUCAAUUGAGCCAAGUUCUUCUGUGUUGCAUAUUCUGCUCACAGACGUCCUGGCUUGUGCGGUAUGAUCUGAGAGCUCUUCUCCCAAAUUGUCAGGUAGGGAGGUAGGGGAUGGUUCUCUCCGAAGACUUUCCGACAUGGUGGUCUGGUGUGGUUUGAUAUGUAGGAUGGCAGUGCUAUUGCCGAAUCUCUCCAAAGCCUCUUGAAUAUUUUGUUCCUAGAUGUGUAAUGCCUUUUCUGCAACAUCCUAGACACCACCCAGAUUCUUCUACAGCACCCAUGGUGAGAAUGAAGUGCCAGAAGAAGAAGAAGAAUGGGGUUAGACUAGAUGACCCCUGGGGUUCCUUCAAACUCUACAAUUCCAUGAAUCCUCAUUGGUGUCUUUCACAGACCUGCUGGCUCUGCUGAACAGGCACUGCCUCUUAACAUGCAGUACAAAGCUGGUCUCUGCAGGAUGGAGGCAGCUCUACUCUUAGGCUGCACAUCGGCUUUAGUCUUUUGGUGUUUGGGGCUUGCAUUAAAGUUGUCCUUCCCACCCCCUCUUGGUGCUAUUGAUCAGUUGCAGGUGAAGCUUUCUUUUGUGCCUCUGUGGCUCCUACUCGGCUACUGACACUUUGGUGGAGCACUUGCUCAAAGAUGACAUAAAGAAAGGGACCAGAUGUUGGACAGAGAGCUGGUUGUUUCCUGCUGACUGGAUUUCAGUUCUUGAAUCUUAACUUCUAGUAGGUGAAGCCACCUUCCGAGUGACCACCCUUAGUGGUAUAUCCACAGGAAGAUUCACUAGCAGAGGAAGCUUGUAAUUGCCUUUGAGAGCUUUUCCUUGUCUCUGACACUUGCCUGACACUAUGUUUGGGAACUGUUCUGGGAACUCCAGAUCUUAAUUUGCAGCUCUGCAGCUUCUGCAGGAUCUUCCAUUUUUUGUUUUGCCACAACUGGUGGCAUUCCUUCAUCUGUAGUGGUUUUCGUUUUUUUAUCCGUGGAAUUUCACCAUCUUGAUAAUACAGCUCUCCUGUUUAGGCAGACAAUUCUUCCAUUGCCUUGUCUUGCAGUUGCUUCUAAUUAUGUAACUUCUGCAAGUUUGCUGCACCUGCAUUUUUCUUCAUGUCUUUGCACUCAGCCUAAUAAAAAAAACUGGUCUUUUCCCUCCCCCUUCCCAUCAAGUUUGAAAGGGGCAUCUCAGUUCUUGGCAGACUCCUGCAGGUGGGUGGGUUAUUAGAAGCUGCACUGGCCACCAUCUGCCCACUUCUAAGGCAUCUUCUUUUCCAAACUGGCUUCCAGCCACACAAGGAUUUUUGCUGCAUGUCUCAGGAGGGCACAAAAUGCUUGGAUUUCACUGGUCUUGUGUGACAGGUUAGGCCAAGAGAGCCCUUCCUCACAUAUUAAAACUUCUGUACAUCAUCAGAAGUGGCAAAAGUUUCCAAUUGGCUACCCUACAAUAGAAGUUUUUGAAAUUAUUACUUGGCAGAAGAGUAAAUAGAGAAACAAACAUACACACACACACACACACACCCCUCCCACACACUUUUGUGAACAUCCUAAGACAACAUUAAGGUCCAAUUGCAUUUGUAAAAGGGUUUGGGGCAGAGCUUUCCAAACUUUUCAUGUUGGUGGCACACUUUUUAGACAUGUAUCAUUUCACAACACAGUAAUUCAGUUUUACUAGCAAACAGGAGGUUAAUCUUGCCCCUUUCCAGCCACGGAAGGAGUGUGGGGAGGUUCGUGCGACACACCUACACACUGCAGCCAACAUACUAAUGUGUCGUGACACACAGUUUGGAAAGCUCUGGUUUUGGGUGAAAUCAGGAAUCUUGAUUAGAAAUGCCUCCUGCAGCACCUGUUCCUGGUCUCUGUUCAUUCAUUGGUCAGGUCCAGGUGGGUUGCUGCAGUGUUCCUGUGUCAAGGAUCUAGCAGCAGCAGUGUUACACAGAAAAGUCCGUUUUGGAUCUUUUCCGACUGUAACGUUGCAACUGUCACAGCAUUUGGAAAUAUUGGCAUUCAAAAUCUGCCCCUGGCGAAUGAGUCCUGGUAGAACCAGACCAGAUUUUGGAUUAUGCCAUCCAUUUGCUUCCAGAGAAAAAAGCUUCCCAGCGCUGUGUCUCAAAGGGAGCAUUGCUCCUGAAGGGGGGAUGCUUUAUGUGGAAACUGCUGAAUUCUCCUAGAUGGAAUAUGCAGAAACAGCAAGGUGAGGCUAAGGGUAGGAAAGGUGAAUGGGCUGCCUUGGCUGGAAAUGGAGGAAGGGCAGUGAGGAUUGCAGGCACAGCCUUGAUAAGGCCAAGAGCAGGAGGAGGAGAGGAGGAGGCACCGAGUCCUUGAUGUACAAGGUGGGUGGAAGUUGGUGUGGAGAGACGGCCCUAGGAGCCCCCUCAUGCUUGCCCUCCUUUCCCUCCUGCAGACCGGAGUCAGGAUAGCACGGCGGUGGUGCUCUCUGAUUCCAACUCCACUCAAGACAUGUUCACUGAGGUUGCCAACUCUCAAGACAGUGCGAAGAAGCCUUUUCCAGAGAGGAGGCCUUUUGUGUCCCCUUCGGAAGCUGUCGCCACUGCUGCUGGCAAAGAGGCCCCAGGACCUGCAGAGGAAAAGGGUAGGUCAUUCCUGGUGUGUGAAGAUCUGUGUCUGUGUGUGUGUGUGUGUGUGUGUGUGAGAGAGAGAGAGAGAGAGAGCGCAUUGCUUAGCACAGCUUGAGCAGUUGGAGCAAGUGCACACUUUUCUUCCUGCAGCAGCAAGUGGUUGUUGCUGCCAGAGAGAAAGGAGUAGUGAAUAGCGGACUGAGGGCAGGGGGGGUCAGCAGAUUCCUCCUAGGAGAGAGGGACGAGGCUGUUCCCGACUGGUCCUGAGCACCUCCUUCCUCUCCUGAGCUACUCUGACGGAAGCAAGAACAAGCCAAGGGAACGUCUUCUCCUGGCCGUGCAUUUCACGUCUUUGCGCACAUGGGGUUUUCCUUAUCUUCAAAUUUGUGGGGUUUUUUAAACUGUUUGUAACAUCCUUCGACGGAGGAAGAAUGAUGGUGGCUUCUGUGUCAGCUGGGUCCAAAGCAGAUGCUGAUGCUGCCCUAUCUGUUUUGACAACUCCAGGGAAGCCGGAGGAGCAGCCCUUGGAGAGCUCAGAGUCCUGCCACGUGGCUGAGCAGAAGCUGGACCAUCAGGCCCCGCCCCCCGGGGUCCCCCCCAAAGCCCCUGCCCCCUCGCUUUCCCAGUGGGACACCAAGCGGCGGGCUGUGCCCAGUGGGGAGCAGUUUCCCCAGAGCCUCCCCGUGGACCUGGAGGAGCAGCGCAAGUUCCUGACGGAGCACUGCAUCACCUCCUUCCGCCUCUGCCUCAGCCGCUUCCCUCAGCACUACAAGAGUCUCUACAGGCUGGCCUACCUCUAUGCCUACAGCACAACCCAUAAGGUAAGUGGUGGUGGUGGGAGAGUAGGGCUGAGCGCUGCCCCUCUCACGUGACAUUGCUCUUCUCACUGUCCAGGCCUAGAGCCCCUGUGGGUGGUGGACACGUGGCAUUCCCUAAGCAGCAGUAGCAGCAAUGCCUUGUGGCGGGGAAAGCCUCUGCUCUGGGACUGGGAGGAGCAACACCAGCAACCAGGAGCUCUCAAGAUCUUCUGGGACGAAAUCAAAAUCCCCUCUGCUCUUUGCCACAGCAGCAACGCUCCAGUUUGGCCUUACCUGAAAGCAAGAACCAGCUGCCCCUGCAUCAUCCUGUGAGUUAGAACCUGGAAUGAGCAGGAGUUGCUCCUUUGCUCCCCACCUUCAACCUCCACAGGGAGAAGCUGACUUUGCAGUGUCCAUAUGACAGGGCAAUGUUAGCACAGUCCCUGUAGUGACUGCCUGCUGAGCGUGCACUUCUAGUGUAGCUGUGCUGGCCAUUGUAUUGGCUGUGAUAUGGCCGGUAAGAUGAGGAGGGAUACCCACUGCAGCCGUUUGCUGCCUCUUACCUCCUGGCAGUUCUGCACCUAAAUAAAUAACUAAUUCUGUACAGUGGUGCCUCGCAAGACGAAAUUAAUCUGUUCCGCGAGUCUCUUCGUCUUGCGGUUUUUUCGUCUUGCGAAGCACGGCUAUUAGCGGCUUAGCGGCUAUUAACGGCUUAGCGGCUAUUAACGGCUUAGCGGCUUUAAGAAAAAGGAAACAAACUCGCAAGAACUCGCAAGACAUUUUGUCUUGUGAAGCAAGCCAUAGGGAAAUUCGUCUUGCGGAACGACUAAAAAAACGCAAAACCCUUUCGUCUAGCGAGUUUUUCGUCUUGUGAGGCAUUCGUCUUGCGGGGCACCACUGUAUGACGACGUCCCAUUUGUGUGUUCAGAACAGCUAAACCCUGCAACCUGUGGGAAAUUGUAGGAAUUCAGCAAACUUCGCCUUUGUCUCACUUACUGCUUCUGCUUUGGCUGGUGGUGGUAGGGUGAGGAGGGAGGAGCUGUUAGGCACUGAAAGCCCCAUUCCUAGUUAUGAAACAUCUCAUGCCCCCUCCCCAGCUUCUGAGAUUUUGCUAGGCAUCAGCCCCUCUCAUACAAGCAGGCCUGUGUCUCGGGAGCCAAUAAGCACUUGGUUUACAAAGAAGCAGGCUCAGGGAAGAGGGAAAGCUACCAGGCAGCUGAAUCCUGCACUGUGCUCUGUGCUUGGAUUCCAGGUGCACAGCUCAGCUGAUGUUUUGUAUGCACACAAUUCCCCAAAAUUGCCUGACUUUCUGUUUGCUUUUAAGGCUUCCAAGCUCGCCUUGGGAGUCUUCUUGUACUCUCGGUGUUCAUGCACUUUGAUGUGGAGGCAUUCAAAUUAACAGAAGCAAUAAGAAUGCUCAGUUGAGGUGAGCAACCGAUCAGGGCUUCCUUCCCCCACCUAGAGCCCUCCAGAGGGCUUCCAGACAGCUCCCAUCAGCCCCAGCCAGCACAGGGUACAAUGGUGGGGCUGGCAGGAGUGGGUCCAGAACAUUGGAGGGCACCAGGGUGGGGAGGGCUGUUGAGAAAUUGGAGUUAUGGGGGGUGCUGGCAAUUUGAAAAUAUGUAUUUCAACUGUACUACAAAAGCCUGGCAUUAUCGGGGAGCGGGGAGGCAAAUUUUGUGGUUGUUCAGUAUGGAGGGGCACUGGGUGUAUCCCCUGCUUGUUCCCAGGCAGUGGUCCGGGGACUGGGUGCUUGGUCUCUGGAAAAAUGAGGCUGGUCCUUCGCUGGACGAGGAGGCCCCCAACCCUUCUCUCCUGAGGCUGGGGAGGGGCUUCUCUGCAUGGCUAUAUACAUGCUCUCCAUCACCUCAUUGAACCAAAUGUGAGACUAAACACCAGUUGUUGCACGGAGCACCCUCCCCUCUGGUGCCAUUGAGGGAGCUGCUGCGUUGUCUUGGGAUGUUCACAAACAUUCUUAACUGUGAGGAGGGGAGGAAGGCAGGCCUGGGGGCCUAAGGGGCAGGGGGAGGCUGUGGCAGAUGUGCUGGUUGAGCAGUGGGAGAGGAAAGGAAGGGAGGAAAGAGGAGGCUUCAUCUGCAAUAACCAAACAUCCCCUCCACCUCUCUCCCUCCAACUCCUGCUUCCCCUGCGCUGUCCUAUAUAGAAUCUUCAGUGGGCUCGCGAUGUGUUGCUAGGCAGCAGUCUCCCAUGGCAGCAGCUGAAGCACAUGCCAGCACAGGGUCUCUUCUGCGAGAGGAACAAGACCAAUUUCUUCAAUGUAAGUUGCCUGUACCUGAAACUUGUGGCUGUUUGUUUGUGUUUACAUCUUUUGUAUACUGCCCAAUUAAGAGUGCCCUCUGAGCAGCUAAUCCCCCCCCCCUUCUCAUUUUACAUCUCCUUUUCAUCAGGUAAGUCUGUUAGGAGGCCACCUUCAAAGCAGAGAAGAAUUUGCAGCAAAGCAAAAUGUGUUCCCUACCCACCAGGGAGGAGUGAUGCUUAACAGAGGCACAACUGCUUUCUUCUCCUGCAUGGAAAGAUCCAAGGGGAGGGCAAAGAGUCUUGACAUCCUUCCCAUUCAGUGGCUAGCACACAUCUUGAGCUCCCAAGAGUUUCUGGCCAGACUAAGGAAGGUGCUUGAACCCUGUUAGCAAACUUCUGUUGCUCUCCCACAUGUGCAUGAGGUGGACUUGUGAAUGAAGCUGUCUACAGUAGAGAGGGCUUGUUGACCGGUUAGUAGCUGUCAUGGCCUUUGGCUAGCACAAAAAACUUAUUGAAUGAAUGACUGGUUAGUUGGCCCCUGGAAGGGAGAAGAGGCUCUGCCUGAGGAAGGUUGUGGUGGGGUCUUGCAGGCUCUUCUCUUUAAGUAAAAUGCUUCUGCCCUGCUUUUCUGCCUGACAGCAGUACUCCACAGAAAGAAAAUUAACACACACACAUAAGAUUAAAGAAAAAAUGAGGCCAUGUUAGGUCCAGUCGCGGACGACUCUGGGGUUGCACGCUCAUCUCGCUCUAAAGGCCGAGGGAGCUGGCGUUUGUCCGCAGACAGCUUCCAGGUCAUGUGGCCAGCAUGACUAAGCCACUUCUGGCAAACCGGAACAGCGCACAGAAACACCGUUUACCUUCCCGCUGGAGCGGUACCUAUUUAUCUACUUGCACUUUGACGUGCUUUCGAACUGCUAGGUUGGCAGGAGCAGGGACCUUCUGAUCGGCAAGCCCUAGGCUCACAGACCACAGCGCCACCCAUGUCCCCCUGUCAAUAAGUACUGAAAUAUAAAAGCAGAAACAGGAAUUGAGGGGAGCUGGCAAAUGCACCUGAGUUUAAGCAACACCGAACCAAGCAGAACUUGGGGGGGGGGGCGGGAAGUGUGUAUGUAGAAGAGAGAAAAAGAGAUUUUGCAACCCUUAAGUUGCCUUCAUGUCUGAUGGUGAUUUGUAAAAUGGUCUUUCUUGCAGGGUUGAUAUAAAGGGCAAUGUGGGGAGAAAUGUAACAUUCUCUCCACACCUUAAAGCAGAGCCUGAAUGCUGGUGGCUAUUCUGGAGCUGUAGUGAAGGACAGAGAGAAAAUUGGGGCUGAAAGAUCAAGGCAGAAGCUGUUUGGGUGCCGCCUAGAGGCCACAUUGUACUGUACAGUGAGCAAAACACACACACACACACACACACACACACACACACACACACGACUGAAGGUGUUUAAUGUUUCCAAGGCACGGAAGUCCUUAACACAAGAUUUCCAUGCCUUUUGGUGGCUGAGUUAAAUUGUCAACAUCUUUUCUUUUAAAUGGUUGUUUUUAUGAUCCUAGAAUUCUAGUUCCUUGCCUUGUCAGAUCAACUUGCUCCAUACGGUCCAUGAUUAUUUCACUUUACAUGGACAACAACCAAGCAGAGCAAGAGAGGGUUGGCCAAAGGGUUCCUCCAUCUGCUGCGUCCUAGAUCAUGUAUAUUAUGCCUGGUGCCAUAUUCUGUAAAACAUUUAUGAGAGCACUGUGUGAAAAAGAAAUAGAUCCACACUGCUGGCUGUGACUUCUGCUGCAGGGCUAAUUCCUUGGGGUCUGGUCUUCUCCCUGGUUUUGUGCCACGCUGGGGUGCUCUUCACUUUCGCCCCCGGGAGACUAGCUGGAAGAAGAACCCAUUCCCCCUUCUUAUUCUUCAUCAUCUUUUUCAAACCUUCCCGUCAUCUUUUACCUCUUCAUCAAUAAGAGAAUUUUCUAGGUCUGCCAGGGAGGGAUGCGUGAAAUGUGUGGCUGCUGUUGCCGCCAGAAUCCCUUUUCCUCCUCCGCAUGGGAGUUGAGCCUUUUCAGCAGCCUUCCGCCCCCAACCCCUUAAAGGGUUGGGGUUGGAAUUGCUUCACUGUGUGGGAGAGCCUGGAGGGAAACCAGCCAAUUCCCCUCCUUUCUCUGCCAUCGCUGCCGCCAUUAGGAGUCAGGAUAUCACCCUGCCCCCGGGUCAGUGUCCCUGGGCCAGUUGUCAUCUUUCAAACACUCCUUCCUUGCAGCUAUUUCUGCCAGAAAAGGGUCAGGGUUUGAUUCUUCUGCAAUCCACACUCACCUCUCCAUGUGCCAGGAGAAAUGGGGGUGUUGCAGCCUGGAGUCAGCUCUGGCUCCUACAGAUUGCAGUGCAGUGUUUUUCCAUCCCAAGAAGUCUCAGAUAUGCAGGGCCAUCCAGAUAUGCAUCCAACAUACAGCCACUUUCCCAGUCCCUGACAGCUCAUCAUUUGUCUUCACUCAUGCACCAUGGGGGGUAGGAGGAGUCAGCAAGUCUCUGUCUAGCCCAGCCUUGGCUUCCCAGAUGUUGUUGGGCUACAAGUCUCAUCUUCCAUAGGCAGCAGAGGGGGAUGAUGGGAGUGGUAGUCCAACAUCUGGUAACCCAAGGUUGAGAAAAGCUGGGCUAGCCUAUGAGAUGCAGCCUCAUAGGGGAUCACAGGCCACUCUCUACCAGGGGUGAUGAUGGUUCCCAUCGGCAGGAUUCAGAUAUCAGCCUCCCCUCAAGAAAAUCUACAGGGGGGCUACCCAGACUUCACCAUAUCACCAUUCACUGGGCAUCAGACAGGUCCCCCUUUGUCGGUGUGGCCUUUGGCCAGAAGGUGCUGCUGACGGUCCUGUGCUGUGUAGGUAGGGGUCUGCCUGCUCUGGGAUUCUGGGGCUCCUUAUUUACUUCCUUCUGCUGUGGAGUGGAGACACUUCUCUACCAGCAGAGAAAGGAACAUGGGGACCUACCAGGAUGUUUCUUAUGGUUGGUCUGCGGAGGGUGUCCGCCUUCACCCCAAUUCUCAGCUCCAAAGGAAGGAUGCUCCCGUCUUGGCUCACAGGGAUUUUAGUCAAGGGUAGUUUGAGGGCUGGGUGGAGAAGUUUGCGUCUGCUAUACUCUCUCUCCUCCUCCUCUGCUCUUGUUCUGUUGCUACUAUUGCUGGGUCAAUAUAAUUCUUCGGGCUUUUUGUUGCGUCUGUUGCAUUAGUGCUAGGGGCUUCCUCCUAGCAGACAUUUCAAGUUUGUUUAGAACGGAAAUUAUAUUAUCUAUGGAUAAGAACCAUUUGAAGACUAACUGAAGUGGAUUUGAAAACAGAAUUGUGAUGUGUGGGGUUUUUUAAACAGAAAGAUGCUACGCUGCAGAUGAGCAGUCAUGUCUUGUAGCUGCACAGAGGAGCAGAUUCCCGCCUUCUUGUUGGCUUGUUCAGUGGACAAUUGAGUUGAGGUCAUAUUAUGAUUUCCUGUCAGAAAGCAGGAACGAGGCAAGGAUUCCCCAUGAGGUGCGCUUGGGAUAGGAUCUGCAGAUCAGUGCAACUGUGUCAUCAAGUUCAGUUCUGCAGAUAUGAGCCCUGACUUGUGUCUGGCGUAUGUGUGUGCUGGGCCAGGCUUUCCCUCGGGAACAGUAGCUAAAUAACGUGGCCUCUUUUUAUAAGAAUGAACUACUGUCAGGAUUGGGUUUAGCAGCUGCCCAUCACUUCCACUUUUGGAUUGUCAGCACAAUGUCACCCGCUGUGGCACUGUUUUCUCCCCCCCCCCCCAAAAAAAAUGGGAUAAAAAGGUGCCAAGAAAUUGGUACUUCUCUAAGGAGAUUCAGGUAGUUGGGAUUCUGCUUUCAUCGUCAGCAUCCUCCUAAUCACCAAGUGAUUUAGGCUUCCCAUCUUAGGUGGAUGAAGGCUUCUGCAGUCCAUCUUAUUUCCUAGAGCAGGUUGCAAUAGCCUUGGCUGGGGCAGAUGCUGCUUAUUCUUCCAGAAUCUGGCUUAAUGGCAGUGCUCUUUUCAUGCAACGUAUAGGCAAGGCUCCUGAAAGUCUCUCUCUAUAGUAUUGUAUAAAUGUCUUAUACAGAAACGAACAAGGAGAAACUGAAAAUUGAUGGGAGGUUUUAAAAAGAAAAACGGGAUCUGGGCUCAAACUGUGAGUCAUGUUCUUGAAAUCAGCUGCGUUCAUGACCCAAUCAAGUUUCUGAAGACUGUUGCCACCAAGUUGGCUGCUGCCGAUAGCGUUGGUGUUGUGCUGGGUGCAGGUCAGGCAGCAGAUUUUGCUGGUUAAAAAAAAACAAACCCAAAAAACAAACAAAUCACCUGGGUUCUGUUGUUGGGGCCUUGAUAGAAGCCUUUCAGUGGGAGCUGGAGAGAGUUAGCUCUAGAAACAACAGGUGACUCUCCCCAAAAAGCGACCUGGGGUGAAGUUUUUUUGUCCUCCGUGCCUGGUUCCAUGCGGAGGUGGGGGCUUUUUUGGCUGAGCGAAGCGUGAAACGGGCCAGAAAUUCUUGGAAGCCUCCAAAGGCCGGGCAGAGCUGCCGCUGCUGCUUUGAUGCAGGCAACGCUGGAGCCUGAAAGUGCCCCGGAGAGGCGACGCGUGUUUUCCUGGCUGCGCUUGGGCAACUACGCUUGGGGGAGCCGGGCGGCGGCCGCGGUGCUACAGCAGGUCCUUCGCGGUGACGUUGGUGGGGUGCCCUAGAGGAGAGGGAGAGCGAAGUUUGCGCAGCCCGGCCGAGGCAGAAGCUGGCGGCGCCGCCGCUUGGCUUUGCGCCCUGGCUUCCCUCCGGCGCGGGGGUGUCGGGGAGCUCCGCCUCUCCUCUCUCUCGCUGGCUGGCUGCCUUCCUGGCGGGGCUUCUCGGGGGCGGAGAGCCACGUGACGGGCGCCGUCUCGGGGAAGAGCCCCCGAUGGCAGCGCCAGCGAUGGGCAGCGCGGCGGCUCCCGCUGCCCCCGCCGCCGCCGCCUCCGCGGGGCCUGCCGCUUCGCCUCCGCGCCGCCGCGGGGGAGCCUUCUCCGGGGCGCGGCAGGAGGCGGCCUUGCGGGCGGCCAGCCCCAGCACCACCACCAGGGCGCGCAGCUGCCGGGAGCCGCCCUGUGCCCAGCAUGGUGAGAGCAAGCGAGCGAAGGGGAAGCCCCCGCCUCGAGGCAGCCUCGGGGCUCGGCUGCGCAGCGCCCGGCCUUGUUUGGACGGGGGACUGCGGGGGAAGCCCCGGGAGGCGGGCGGGGGCGGCCCCUGGGCUGGCCGGAUUGCGUGGGAGGAGGAGGAGGCCUGCCGAGCGGAGCGCCGCCUCCGCCUGCAAAUCGCGCGGGUUUCCAGUUAGCAGCGACGCGGCUCUCUUUCCUCGGCUACCGUCGCCUUGGUUUAGGUUGCGUAGGUGCCGAUGGAGCCUUCCCUUCGCCCGCCACCUGCCGGGGAGCCCGAUCGCUUGGCCCGCCGCUCCGCGGCUGACGAGGAAGACGAGUCGGCGUCACCUCUCCGACGGGGCGCCGAGCGCAGCUCUGCUGCUCUGACUUCCCAGGGGAAGAAAUGCGCGGCUCUUUCCGGCCCUGGAAGCAGAGCUGGCUGGGGCUUGCAGGGAGGUCUAGGUGAGGAAACGACGGAGCGCUGGCCGGGCGUGGAGCCCCGGAGAGGCUCCUUUCCUGAAACCUCUCUGGCGGUGCCGUGGGUCCGCUGGAAACACGAGUCCUUGUCUCCAAGCUCUUGGGAUGCUGUAAAUCCCUUGAGCCCGAUCGGAGGUGCGCUGCUGGUGGCUGCUCCAGUGUUUGUGGUCUGUGCCCCAGAGAGCCUUCCCAAUUGGUCCAGCCGAGGUGGAGGAUGGAAAGAACGAGGGAGGGAGGGAUACAGGGAGGAGGACAGGGGGAGACAACUGCUGGCCAGCAGCUGUCUGUCCAUUGAAAGCACAUUUCCCACCCCCUCCGAAAGAAUCCCGAGAACUAAGUUUAUUCAGGGCACUGUGAAUUGUAGCUCUGGGAGGGGUAAACUAGAGGUCCCAGGAUUCUUUGGGGGCACACUCAAAUGCGCCUUGAAUGUAUGGUUAGUAUGGAAUGUUAGUCAAGGAGAAGCUUUGGACUAUGUGAGAAUGUGGUUGCAAAAGUGCCAUGGGGUAUCCAUUGGGUAGUGUCUUAAUGGCACACAGCACACACUCUUCACCUUCCUUUCUUUUUUUUAAUCUUCCAUCAUUUUGUGGACUCUUGUUUGUUUAAAAAACAUUUCUUGAAGGCUGGGAAUUCAGUUGCCUCUUGGGAACUGAAUUACUUGUGUAGCCUUUUACAAAAAAACAGUCCUGCAGGACUUCUGUUUGUUUAGCCCUUUGAGUCCUGUGUACAUUACCUCCUCAAUGGGCAUCUUCUCUGGAUUUUUUAAUCCUCCCUUUACAUGGGGAGUUUGCUGUGCCAGGUCUGCAAAUAGCUCUAGUCAAGCCUAGAAAAGUCCUUAUACUUGCCCUUUGCGUGAUGUCUUGGAUAACAAAGUUAAGAUCAAGAAUGUCUGCCCUGCAAUGGAAUGUCAUGGUUUGUUUGUUUACAUGUUCUCUGGGCCUGAUGAAGCUUUUCAGUUUCAGCUUGGAAAUUCUGAAUGAAUUAAUUCCAGUUGCAUUUCAUAUAUUGAAACUGCAGGUGGGGAAGAAACUUUUGUCCAAAGCUGUCACUAGGCCUCCUCAGAGACCCAGAGAGGCCCUGGCCACUUUCUGCUUUUGAGGCCCCCUAGAUAGAAUAAAAAUUAAAGUGGCAACCCAAAAACAAGGCAUGAAAAAUAAAAUGAGGUAUAUUCACAAAUGCUGUUUUAGCUGUGAGCGUGUGCCACAUUUGGGUCAGGUGUGCAUAAAAACAGGUUGUGAAACUCACCGAAUGCCAAAAAUUAAAAAAAAUAAAUGCCUAAAUAUGAGGCUCCCUUUGAGGUUGUUGCCCUGGGCAAACAGCCCUCCUAUCGCUUGCAACAUCUGCUUCCCACCGUUGAUGGUUUCCUCCUGGUUUCUUCCCCUGUGCAGGGAAUCUGGCGCAUCCCCGUGGAUGAAAUUGAUCGCCCUGGUAGCUUUGCCUCUCACAUGAACCGCUCCAUCGUCCUUCUGCUCAACGUCUUGUCGCAGCUCAAGGAUUACAACACCCUGCUGAAAGUCUCAUCUAUGCUGCAGAGGACCCCCGACCAGGGAAAGUGAGGACGGCCCAGGUUUCUUGUUUCUGGCUUGAAAUGCUAAGAUACUGACCCCUCCCCACCCCCAUGGCCGAAACCCUUCUUAGCUCUUACAUAUAUUAGUUAGAGAAUAACAAUGGUUGGUUUGCAAAAGUGUUUGUUUUCAGCCUUGAAGCCUCGCUGUCUAGACUGAACAAGCUGUAUCUUGGCUUUAAUGCAGAGCAGUUCGUCAAAAGCCAAAUCCGGGCACUUUCCUCCCCACUGUAUACCCUGCAAAUCUCUUGUCAUUUGUAGGUCCCCUUCAGCUGCUCUCAGUGUUGAAAAUGAAUAUUAAAAAUCCUUUCCAGGAAAGGAGAGAAGCAAAAAGAUAGGAAGAGGAUACAGUUGAGGGUGGGGGAAUAGAGAUUACAGAGGUGCUGGUUCCUGGCUUUUGUACCCUUGGAGGCCUUUUGGAAGUUAUUCCCACCACAAGAGUUCAGCAAAUAACAUCAACUGCAUUUCCAGCACCUCAGAAACCACUCUUCCAUCUUUGACUGCUCAAAGUAAUUGAGCUCUUAAGGUGGGAAUAUGCUCAUUUUGAAGAAGCAUGUGGUGUGCGUGUGUCACAGAUCAAAAUCGCAGAUAGGCUCCCUCACAUUUUUCUUUCACAGUAGCAACAGCAGUUAACAGUUCCAUAUUUCCAUCCUUUUUGCUUUUUCUCGUUUUGUACAUCGGAUGGCAUUGCUGGGAUCUCUUUCCUUCCCCCCAUAAACUGACAGUGUAGAUCCUUCGCUGGCUUUAAUGGUUUUGAGGUCUUUUAGCAGAGCUAAAUGAAAGACACUCAGUCCUGAUUCCUUUCAAUAGAGCAACUUUCAGGACCACGUUUAAAGUUCUCUGCAUAAGGACACUGCCUCAUACUGAAAUAGGUGGACUCAAUAUCGCCUGCACUGACUGGAGAUGUCAAUGAGGAUUGAACCUGCAACCUUCUCCAGGCAAAGCAGGCCCCUUCCGCCUGCACUCUGGCCCCUUCCCCACAAUGGUAAGGGUCUCAAUCCCCUGCACAUCCCUCAGUCAAGAGGCAGGCUGAGCACCUUCCAGUGGCCAAAAGCAGAUGAACUGAAAUAUUUCAUUUGGGGGAGGGGGUGGAAUCAAUGAAGUGUGGUUUAAACGUUACAUUCAAGCAUAUUCAAUUCAAGCUUUGCUGCAGAAUCAAUGUUUUCUGGACGGCUUGAAAAUUGAUUAGAUUUCAAGAAAAACACAUGAAGGCUCUGAAGAGUGCCAGCAUACUAAAUUUAGCGUGGGUUAACAGCUGUGCUCAUAAAUAUAUCUGCUUCCUAGGGAUGGCCCCUUGGAAAAAGUUAAUAACCGCUUUAUGUUAGAUUUGACUGACAUCCUAUCUCUUCCAGUUCUCCUGUUUGGCAUGUAUUGCGUGCAUUCAUUGUGCUAAUAAUUAAUUUUAUGAAACAAUGCAUUUCUAAAAAGAAGAAAUCUUCCGCCCACAUCACUGCUGGCUUCUGGCUGCUGUCGGUUCUUUGGGUGGAAAGUGGUUUAGGGAGCCAGCGUGGUAGAGCAGUGCUAUGGUAUAGGGGGAAAGGGGGGCAGGCAGGAAAAACACUUCAUCAGUUCCAUACCUCCCGCACUGAAAUAAGCCAGAACCCCCAAAUUCCCAGCUUUCAUUUUUUUAAACAAGCAAGCAAAUCUCUAACCCUUGUUUUUGUUUUUCAUAAAUUGAAAAUGCCUCUUGAUUGCGAAGAACCUCAGAGUGGGAGUCGUAGGGCCCAAUGUGAGGGGCUAAUUGUUCACUCAGUUGUUUGGUGAGGAUCUUGCCAGUUCCUCCCUUUUGGGUUUUUAAACCAAUGAACAAAGCUAUAGCAAUGGCUGACAUUUAGGAAAGCAAUCUAACUUAUUUAUUUUAUAAAAAUAUACUGCCCACUCACAUAAAAUAUAAAUACAGUGCACAGCAGUAUCUGCAAAUACCAUAAAACAUACAUUAGUAGUAAUAGUAUUAUGACUACUACUGCCGCUACUACGGCUGCUGCUGUUUUUGUUGUCAUCGUCAUCAUUUGUUACCCUCUCUUCACCCUAAGGUCCCAGGAUGGGUUACAACAUUAAAGCACAAUAUUAAAAAAAGUUUUGAACAACUAACUAACUAACUGGCAAAAAACAUCCAGAACAUGUGUGACUGUCCGUGUGUGAUUUUUACUUGCCAGUCACUGCCAGCAGGCAGAAACAGGCUAAGUUUCCGCCCUCCUCUCUAGGCUGUCUUUUUGCCUCCAUGGCUGCCAAAUGGCCAAGUUUCUCCUUAGAGCCUUUGCUCAUGCAGAACUUCUAUCAUGGAGUGCUGCUGCAUUGCAGUCCUCCUCUAUCCAAUACUCUAUUAAUUUUUUUUCCCAGUUUUCAAUUUAACAACAAUAGUCCUCCUUUACAUUUGUAUCCCUCAUUUUGACUUCCCUCCACUCCUCCUCUGGUUACAUAGUGAAUACGUUUAAUUAAACUGCACGUCUCCGUUAACAUCUUUUUUAAAAAAUUCUAUUUACUUCCCCCCCCCCAAGAUCACAUUUUAAAUGCUUGAUUUUAUAUUAAUCCUGCUAAUGUAUUUAGUUGUUUACAAUGAUUCUUUAAAUAAUCUACAUAACAUCCCCAUUCUUUAAUAAAAACACUUUCUUCUUGAUAUCUUAUUAUUCCCAUACGUUUUGCCAUUUCUGCAUAUUCCAUGAACUUUGCUUGCCACUCUUCCUUGAUUGGGAUGGUGUCCAAUACUCUCAAUAGGACUGUAGGCCCCUUCUGGGGGACAAAUGGCGGGGGUACCCUGGAGAAUUGAAACCGCCAUACCUUUUCCUCCUCCCUUCCUUUCUCUGCCUAUUGGAGAGCCACCUGGGUUGGUGACAAGUGAAUUGCUGAGGUUAUUGAGGUUCCCAGCGUUGACUGUCACAUCUAAUCACAGCUGCACCUUCAUUUCCACUUGUAUGUUAGCAACAGCAGCCCCCUGCUGUUCAGCUGUUCAGCUGAUUAGCUUCUGAGGAUUCCCCUUAGUUAAGAAAACCUCUUUGACAAAAAGAGGAGCUUUCGCUACCUGCCUGUCACAGAGGGAGCACCAUGGCUGAGGCUCUUCCUCCCUCCAUAAUUUCUGCCUGAAGAAUUGCUCAUCCACUGAUGGGCAGCAUCCAUCAAAACUAACUUUUAAUAAAUUAGGAACUUAAUUUUACAGUGUUGUUUGGCAAAGAGGAAACAGUUAGAAAGUCAAAGUCUUUCUUAACCUGGAUGCCUCUCGAUUUCCUCUGGUGAUGAAGGUUCAUUAUCUAAGCUUAAAAUAAUAAAAAGUUAUCUGGGAGAAUUGAUUGUGGCCCUAGGAGGUCAACUUGAUUGCUAUGCAUUAAGAAUAAGUUGCUUGGUUACUCCCUUUUUCAUGAUGCUAGGCAAUGCAUCUCUAAUUGUGGGCCUCAUUCAGUGCCAAGUAGCUGAUACGGCCAAUUCCAGCCAGUCCAUUGCCCAGGAAAUCUUGAGAGUACAAAGCCUUCCAUGCCCCUUCAGUGCCUUGUCUGAGAUGUUCUUCACUGUGUUUGGCUCUCUGGAGACUGGCUGGCAUGUUUAUUUAGCAGUGGAUUAAUUUACUCCAUCAGGGUCUAAUCUGGGGCUGUCUGCAGCAGCAUGUUAGGGGAAAUGGAAUCAUCAUCACUUCAGUUUUUAUCUCUGCGCAGGUGAAGCAGAUCUGGCGAUGCUCUGUGUAUGGAUUUGAGUAGAUUUCCUGAGUUGGUGCAUGGAAAAGACAAACAGCCUUUUUGCGUGCUGGUGCAACAGGAAGGCGUUCUGGAGUUCAGGACAGGCGUAGCUAAGAAGCCCAGUGGAUGUCAACAAACCCAGUUAGAAGCCAAACAUGUUGAUAUUAAGCAUGAUUUCUAAAAGGAUUUAAAUAUUUGUUUGGGAGCUUUUGCGUGGGUACCCGAUGUUGGAAGCAAAUGUGGGAGGAGUGUCUUUUUCUAUGUUCAUUGUUCCUCUUUAAAUAGAAGGCUACAGGCUUUUAAGAGCAAAGCAAGUCAGGCUUCGCUGUUGUGGGCAAGGGCAUGCACAUGGUGAAGCAGCAGUGUGGUUGCCCUCCUUGCCCUGUCCCUGGGCUAGCCUUGCCCCAAAUGGUUGCGGGUUGAAUAUAGAAGGAACUCCUCCUCAUGAGCAGCUGCAACACUCAAUACCACUGGGGGAGGGGGCAGCAUCAUGACCCCACUCCUGAGUCCCUAUGUGGGUGCCCUACAUAUGAGUAACACAUGGAUCUCCUGACAACACAUGCGGGUGAAAACUCAAGGGACGUCCACUGAUGGGACUCGACCUAAGCAAGGGAUAAAGAGAUGAUGGUGCGGACAGUAGCUAAGGAGAGACCUUCCAGCCUGUGUAGGAAGCCAUGAGAAAGACCAAGGCAGUGUUUGCAUGAAUGCCAUGCAAAUACUGUUGGAGGUUAAUGGAGGAGGAAGAAGGGCCUUGCUCAAGGCCAGGAGUGUUAGGCGCUGCUGGUACCUCCAGGGAAUCCUCAGCUAGUAGCCAUACACUCUGAUGAUGGAGAAGGCAGGCCUGGCAGACACUAUCUCUUUCACAAAAAUAUUGCUGGGAUGAGGAAAGGAGCCGCUGCUCCUGUUUCUUCCUUGCAUCAAUUCCCCGCUUGGUGCAGAAGCCUUGGAAGGCUUGGUAGGCCUCAGAAUGGGGCCACACAGUGAGGGGCGUAUCUUUGGAAACAGCCUCCUAAGAUCUAGAGGCGGUUCCUAGUGAGUUACUGAGGGAUACGCAACAUUCUUGUGCUGGCCUGCUUAGAUUCUCAGCAUAGCCGAAGGAUUUAAACAUAGUCCAUGCCAGCACGUAAUCAUUUGUGGCUCUUAAGACUGAAGCUGCCGCUGGAUAAAAUCGUGAAAUGGAUGUAUUGUUGGGCCUUUGCUUCUGGCUUUGUGUGAGAGCAGUCGAAGGAAGUUUGUUUUCUUUAAGCAAGCUCACUAGACUGGAGUGAAACUUCUUUAUUGUGUAUGUGUAUGAAAGAAAAAGAGACACAUUUGUCUCAGGUUAAGGAAAAACCAUUGUAGUCUUCGGUGCAUUUUGAACAAAAUGAUAUCUUGGGGACAUCUGAAGAGUCCUUUAACUGGAUUGGGCCACAGGGGGCAUCUCCUCCUGGUCUCAACAGUAGCCAGCCAGGUACUUCUUGGAUGUCCACAAGCAGCAGCUGAGUGCAAAUGGCUCUCUCUCCACGUGUGAUUCCCAGGAACCUGGUAUUCAGAGGGAUCUGGUGGUCUUCUGAAGGUAUUUUCAGUCACAGUGGUGAGAUGUGGUUAGGAUUAACCCUCCUUUGAAGGCUGGUUUGUCAGAAACUGGGUGGGCAAGACUGUCUCCCUUUCUUUUAGCACAGAGCACCAUGGUUUUGUUUGUAUUGUGGCUCAGCUCACGUCUUGUUUGUGCAGUUAAAAGAUGCUUCUGGAAAUUCGAGAGCUUUUUGGUUUAAGGGCUAUAGGCUCAUAAAUAUUCAUCAUCAGCCAAGCUACCUAUUUAGCAUCGUUGGAGUUCACAUGGUUAGGCGGGAGACAUCUUCUCCACCAGUCCAAAAUGAAUAUAUUUCAAGGCAGGCCUUCUCUAUGUCAGGAAUGAACUUGAAUAGCAAAUGAUGUCGUAGCCUUGGGCCUGAGCAAAGCACCAGUGGUGGGAAGGGAAACUCUGGCCAGGUUGAGCCAAGUGAACUAUGGAUUCUUAGUUUUGUCCUUUGAAAGGGGUGUGCGGUGGCCAGCAGUUGCUUCAUCAAGGUGGUUUUUGGAGACAAGAGAAAUCCAGCAGGAUCCAGAGCAUAUGCAAAUGCUGUCUCCUCGAUUUCAAAUGCAUCUGCAAGUCCUGUAAUCAAAUGCCUUCCUGCCCUCUUUUUGCCCUGUGCUGCAGGAAGUACUUGCGGGAUGCAGACCGCCAGGUCCUUGCCCAGCGUGCCUUCGUCCUCACGGUGACUGUGCUGGAGGACAUGCUGAAUGAGCUCACCGAGGUAAGGCCCUAAAAUCCCUGCAUGCUUCUUGGUGGGGGGGGCGCCCCUCCUAAUUCAAGGGGACAAAUUCUUUGUCUCUUUUAAAGGUCUCCGAAGAUCCAGACUCCAAGUGCUGCAGUUUUUUUGCGUCCAGGAUGACGACCGACGUCUCUAACAAAGCAAAUGCGGAAGAAGGACAGGAAACCCUCCCGCAAAAGGCAGCCUUGUCUGAAGGCGGGGUGGCAGCUUAUGGUACAGAGAAUGGGGUGAAAGAAGCCGCCCAGGGGGUGCAGCAGACCCCCACCGCCAUGGACACAGCAGAGCUACGGGAGGCAACCCCUGAGGGAGAAGCAAAAGAGGCUCCCCAGCCGGGCUCAACGGAGCUCAUGGACUCGGAAGGAUAUUCUGAGGAUCCUGAAAAAAUGGGCUCUUCCUAUAGAGGCCCUGAGUCGACCCGAGGGCUGCCCGGGCGGAUCCCUAAGGACAAAAGCUUAGAGAGCAGCCGGACGGCCGAACUGUCCUUGGAGGAGCUGAGCAUCAGCUCUAAGCACCAGCAGUUGGAGGCGGCCAAAGUCCGCGUCCAGGCAGCUCCGAUGGAGGAAGUCAGCCAGAGGCCAAGCCGGAAAAGGAAACUGAUCGAUGACACAGAGUCGGGGAAGACCCUCCUCCUGGAUGCUUAUCGUGUGUGGCAGCAGGGUCAGAAGGUCAUGACUUACGACCUGGCCAAGAUCGAGAAGAUCAUGUCUGAGACGUACAUGCUCAUUAAGCAAGUAAGCAGCAGGGUUGAAAUGUGCCUUUGCUGUCAUGUUGGGCAGAAGCUGACAGGGUCUUGUAUUAUUGUUUGUGUUGUUUUAUUAGUUCCACGGUGACCGAGGAAGAAUGCUGGUGGCUGUCACUGUGGCGGCUUGGUGUGGGCUCUCAGGAGAAGCUCCUUGGGUUCUGAGGACUACAUGGGUGGUGAUCAGUCCCCAAAUGGUCUCGUUCUUAGAAAAUCCAGGGAACUGAGGCAACACCCUCUUCCUGGCCUGACCUAUCUGUUUAUGCUAAGCCCCGUGGGCCAGGAUCAGCACUGCACCAGUUGGAGCUCUGGUCAGUUUCCACAUUGCCCAUUUAUUUUUCCAGUAUAAUUUUUAAUCAGUGAGGCACAGUACUGCAGACAAAACCUCCUAGCAGCAGCAGCAGCAGCAUGACUGUCUCUUGCAAUGAUGCAGAGGCAGGGCAGGGCAGGCCAGCAGGGAAGUGUGGGUGGUGCAGGUCCAAUCAGAACUAUCCCAGGCUACACCCAUCUAUUCCACUCACAUACCAUCCCAGUCUGUGGCAGAAGCACCUCUGCCAGGGGGCUGGGCCUGUAGCGCCACUCCUCAACGUUGCCCCCCUGGUCAGGCCAUUGGGGGUCAUUAAAGCAGCCGCCCAGGAGGGACACAACACAAAGUCCGAUUGAAAUUUUGCAAAAUGAAUCCACUCGCCAAGACUUCGAUUGCAAGUUGCAUUGUAGCAAAUUUCAAGUGAGGGUUUGUUGCCUUUUGGCUCUGGAGGUUGCCUUUCCUGUGGGCAAUUGUGGACUUGCUUCUGCUCAUGGUGUGGGUUUCUUUCUGCAGGUGGAUGAAGAAGCAGCCUUGGAACAAGCUGUCAAGUUCUGCCAGGUGCACGUGGGGGCCUCUGCACAGAAGCAAGUAAGUUCCAAGCUUGCAAGGCUCUUGAGCACCACCAGGUGUGUGGCAUCCUCAGGCUUGCAAGAGAAGGAAGCAGAAGAUCCCCCUCCAGCUUUGGGGCCAUUUGCUCUCCUUUUCGUCAUACAUAUAGCAUUUUUUAAUUUUUAUUUUGUAUUCCUCCUCUCCAUAGUUCAAAUUGUAAUUAUAAAAUAUGCAUCCGUCUGGAAUUGAUGUGGAGGAUUUUCCAUGAUGAUGAUGUGUAUUGCAAGUAAGAUUUGUAUACAGUGGUACCUCGGGAUGCGAACGAGAUCCAUUCCGGAGCCCCAUUUGCAUCCUGAAGCGAACGUAACAAGCGAUGGCGCGUCUGCACGUGCGCGGGUCGUGUUUUGCCGCUUCCGCGCAUGCGUGUGACGUCAUUUUGAGCGUCUGCGCAUGCGCGAGCGGCAAAACCCGGAAGUAACGCGCUCCGUUACUUCCGGGUUGCCGUGGAGCGCCACUCAAACGCUCUCAACCUGAAGCACAUUCAACCCGAGGUAUGACUGUACAGGUAUUUGAAAUCCGUUAUUUUGUUCAUGUUAAUAGCAUGACGAGAUCUACAAUAUUUCAGUCACAGCUUGUUUGGUCACCCAUCUGGGAUGUUGCAGCGGGACAGCCCCUGCCUGGAUCAGGGGGUGGCCUCUAAGGUGACCCCUUCUAACUUUGUAACCCUUAGUAACCCAAAGUCCACCAGGCUGAAUUCAUCUGGCCACUGGAAUUCUUCUCAUUUGGCACAUGGCUAGAUUUCUCAUUCUCUUGUCUUGAAAUAAGCAUACUCAUUCCAUGAAAUGUGAUAAAAUUAUUGCAUAUUGAAUAUUGUAGUUUUGUUUUUAGUUUCGCUACCUGCUUAGUAAACAGUAAAGUUUAGUGAGGCUUUUUGAGAUGUUUUUCUUCACUUUUGUUUUGCUUUUCUCAGCUCUGACUUUCUUCUUAGAAGGAGGCUUCAGACAGGUUCUUGACUUGGGUGGAAUUUUGCCUUCCCUUCUCUCUAAAGCUGGGAGAGGGGGAUGGUGUUCAGCAUAAAUUCUCGGGACCUUACAAACAGCUUUCGACCGUGGUGCCCUUUAUUUUUCUUUAAUUGUUCCAUCUGUGUGGAAUAUCAUCUCCUUGAUUAGAAAAUCAAAAGGCCCUGAAGUACAAAUGUUCCAGCAUAACCCACUAAUUAGCCCCCUUGUUCUCCGUGCCUCUUGGGGCUGCCGUGUUUGAAAAAUAACACCAUUGCAGUUGUUAAUUGCUAGCGUGCAUUGAGGAAGUUAGCAGUCAGUGUGUGAAGCAGCCCGCUCAAGCGAAUUGGCUUGAUUAACCCCCUUGUCCUUUCACAAGCCAUUCAUGUUCCUGGACAAGCAAGCUGGUGAUUCUCUCAGGAGGAAAACACUCCUCCCUGCAGCCCCACCAACUGGGGAUGCUGCUUGUUGUUGUUGUUUAGUCAUUUAGUCGUGUCCGACUCUUUGUGACCCCAUGGACCAGAGCACGCCAGGCACUUCUGUCUUCCACUGCCUCCCGCAGUUUGGUCAAACUCAUGCUGGUAGCUUCGAGAACACUGUCCAACCAUCUCGUCCUCUGUCAUCCCCUUCUCCUUGUGCCCUCCAUCUUUCCCAAUAUCAGGGUCUUUUCCAGGGAGUCUUCUCUUCUCAAGAGGUGGCCAAAGUAUUGGAGUCUCAGCUUCAGGAUCUGUCCUUCCAGUGAGCACUCAGGGCUGAUUUCCUUCAGAAUGGAGAGGUUUGAUCUUCUUGCAGUCCAUGGGACUCUCAAGAGUCUCCUCCAGCACCAUAAUUCAAAAGCAUCAAUUCUUUGGCGAUCAGCCUUCUUUAUGGUCCAGCUCUCACUUCCAUACAUCACUACUCUCAUGUGAAUGCAAUUAGUUAGGCUCCCCACCUAAAGAUGUCCCAGUAGCUCAUUUCAGUCUUGUUGGUGCUGCUGGGCUUUGUGGGUUCUGACAGCCCUGAAGGCCAGCUGGUGGCAACCAGUCCUAGCUCAGGGCCAGAACACUUGCUUUGCAUGCAGAAGGUCUCCACUCAGACCACCAGCAUCAUCUCUGGGUAGGCCUGGCAAAGAGGCCUGCCUGAAACCUUUGGUGAGCCAUUGCUGCCAGUCAGUGUAGAGAUGACGCCAAGUUAGAUGUCUUGGGGUCUGCUUCCUGCCUUCCUGAGGUGAAACCCCUUUAAUACCCUUCUUCAUGUGCCUCCUUCACUUAAGGUCCAGAGGGUGUCAACACAAAAAUGGGCCUUUUCUGUAGUAGCUCCCAUUUGUGGAACGUCCUCCCCAGGGAGGUUCAGCUGGCACCUUCAUUACAGUGGUACCUCGGGUUAAGAACUUAAUUCAUUCUGGAGGUCCGUUCUUAACCUGAAACUGUUCUUAACCUGAGGUACCACUUUAGCUAAUGGGGCCUCCCACUGCCGCCACACGAUUUCUGUUCUCAUCCUGAAGCAAAGUUCUUAACCUGAGGUACUAUUUCUGGGUUAGCGGAGUCUGUAACCUGAAGCGUCUGUAACCUGAGGUACCACUGUAUAUAUGUUUUAGGUGCCAGGUGAAAACAUUCCUCUUCACCCAGGCCUUUGGCUGAUUAAUAUUCUACAGCCUUUUAAAUGGGUCUGUGGGAAGAGGGGUUUGUUGUUUUGUUUUGAUUAUUUUACUUGUGUUUUUCUCUUGCGUUUUAUUCUGUGAACCGCCCGUAGUAACGAUGUCACCAAGGGGGAAGGGGGAAACUGCGCUUGGGCUGAAAUCCCCUCUUCCCCCUUGCCUGGGAGCGAGUCCCACUGAACUCAGCCUUCUCUAAAGGUCCCUCUACCCCUGUGGGAGCAUUGGGAUCGGUGCCUGAGGCUCCCCUCUCUGGACCACCACCAGCAGCCAUUAGGGUGGGGGCAAUAUGGAUGGGGCUUCCUCCACGGUGGCCUUUGUGAGUUGGGGCCACAGAGGGAUGCCUCCUCCAUAUUCCUCCCAACCUCUGUCCUUGUCAUUGUAAGUUGGCUUGUGAGGUGUUCAAUGGGUAAUUUAAAUAAAUAAGCAAAGGUGCUCGGGUUUGUGCAGAUGCAGGGGGGAGGAACUGAGGUUUUGACUGCCUGGGUCCCAUAAUGCCGCCUCUGCAAAGGGUGUUUUCCUCAUGCAGCCUUGCCUGCCUCUGCUCCAGCUUUGCAGUCUCUGACCCCCACCCCCUGCAAUGCGCUUGUGCCUUAGGAGAUGCCCGUUAGCAGCGGGUGGGAGGGAGGAGGGCUCCUCUGCUAAUUGCAGGCCUUGUCUUUCCUCGCUGGGAUUUGCCUUUCUGAGAGACUCCCUCGGAGCUGAGGCUGCAUGUUCUUAACAUGCUUGGAGGAGCUGUAGGAGCCAACAUUUCUCUCCUCUUGCGUUUUGCUUCAUUUCUAUUACUGUCUAGAAGAAGGGUGUCUUUAUCUGCACGGGAUGGGAUGGGGAGGAGAGCAGCUUGGGCCAGGGAAGAGUCUCUGGGCAUCAGCUGGAAGGAGGAGCCGUGCCACACCUCCACGGAGAGUUGGCCCUCCGGACUCAUUUCAGCAAGGGGGCACUUGGAACCUCCCGCUACCAGUUCACUGACCCAGAUGUGAACCAGCAGUCCAUGUCUCCUGCCUCAGCCAGUUGCCCUUCUUCCUCUGUUUCUGAGGUGUAUCAAAUGCCAUUUCCCCCCCAAAGUAUCUCUUUUGAAGAAAAAUAUAAUCCAUUUUGUCUUGACCUUGGGAACUUUGACUAAUCCAGAUUAAGCAGUAAUGACCAGUUUUUGACCUUGGGGCUUGUGGGCAGGUUGGGAAGAGAACGUGUGAGAAAAGUUGGUGUGUGACCUUCUUUUCUUGGUUAAUCUGCUUAGCGUUGUAGAAGCGAUGCUGAUGUUUGGCUCCCAGGCAAUAUAUCCCCUUGAAAUUUGUGCUUCUUCCUGCCAACCUAGCAGUUCGAAAGCACGUCAAAGUGCAAGUAGAUAAAUAGGUACCGCUCUGGCGGAAAGGUAAACGGCGUUUCCGUGCGCUGCUCUGGUUCGCCAGAAGCAGCUUAGUCAUGCUGGCCACAUGACCCGCAAGCUGUACGCCGGCUCCCUCGGCCAGUAAAGCAAGAUGAGCGCCGCAACCCCAGAGUCGGCCACGACCGGACCUAAUGGUCAGGGGUCCCUUUACCUAUUGAAAAAAUAGCAAUUUAUAUGCCACUUAAUUAGAGUUGACUCUCUGUGGUGUACAACUAACUCAGUACAAUACAGCUAAAAAUCAGUAAAACUAUAAAAUCAGGAUACAGUUCAUUUUUAAUUCCUUGACCCUAUUGAUUCUUCUUUCCCCAGAGCCUCUUGGUAUUUGGAGCUCCAGGGUGGAGAAGGUCUUUCCUCUUGCCCUGAGCUGGCUGCCGCAGCAGCCUUUCCCCCUCUCCUUCCUUACGGCCUUUGCUUGUCUCCUCCUCCAGGCUACAGGGGAAGCACCCACCACUCCAAAGCACCCGAAGGACAGCAAAGAGAUCUGCUUCCCAGCCGCCCCCGCCUCUCUGACGCCUCCUGCUGGGACUGCCUACUCCCUGGCUUCAGAGGCCCUCCUGAGAGCAGCAGCUGACCUGCAGGCCAAGCCCAAGACAGCUUCUCCCCCAUCCUCCUCCUCGUCUUCCUCCUCCUCCUCCUCUGCCAGCGUGCUGCUACUGCUGCCGCCCCAGGAGCAAACCGGGGCAGAGAGUGUCGAAGAGGCCCCUGUUGUCUCCAGCUUGGCCUGUGGUGAGCUACAUCUUUGUAGAGAAGCUUUAUAGAUUUGCCCAAAGCAUCUGUGCAUCCCAGCAUCAUUCUGUCCGUAAAACAUGUCUGUGGUUUCUGGCUUGGGCGGGGGGUGGGGAGACUAUUUUUGACACGGCUCCUCAAACUACAGCUCACCUUCCUUGCUCCCGUGUGGCUCUUUGCACGGAAGGGUUGAAAUGCUGCGUGCAAAAGAAUGAAGGUGAGGUCACAAGCGGCUUGGCACAGAAUCCCACCAGAAUUUGCUUGUUUUAUAUUUAUAAAAAUACUUACUGUAAAGAUGGAUCGCAGCGGUUUGCAACAAUAUAAAAACACAGAGCUGGCAGUCAAAUUGUAAAAACUUAAAAGCAAGAAGAAAUUUCAAACCUGAAUUCCACCCAGUGUCUGUGCACUAUUGUCCAAAGGAUGCAGAGAUGGCAGCUGGACCCAUUUAGAAUGUUUUGGGUCCAGCUUCAGGAGGGACGAUGAGGCAGUGCAGCACCCCAGCCCAAUUCUCUUCUGCAUACAUCAGCUGCAGAUCCUCCCAUGCAGGGUUUGGGGAGUUGAGGAUUUCUCAUUAUCUUGGUGGGGCAGGGGGGCAGGUCAGACCACCGCUUGAUGUGGUGCACUGCAAGGAACCACAUCCCUGCCUGCCUGAGCCAUGUUCUGGGUGCGCUUGCUCCUUACACGGUUGAGCUUGGUUGGAAAUUUAGUCACUGCAACGAAAACCCCAGGAGGGACGGACAAGCUGGUAGUAGCCACAUGGCUGUGAUGAACCACGAGUGGCUGAGAUGGGAGCAUUUGGAUCCUUGUGUCCUUCAGGCAGAGAGCUGAAAGCAUGAAGCCUUUUGGGGGUGGGGGGAGCUUUGCAAUUGCUAAAGUCUUGCCUUCCUGAAGGUAGCAAAGAGCUACUGCUGCCGCCGCCACCCUGCAGCGGUUUUGUUUUUGAGAGAAGGGGCUCGCUGAAAUGAUGUCCCCUGUUUGUGGGCGUUAUGUGUGAAGUGCAAGAUGAGCUGGUGAGAAUAGGAACCGCCAACUAAUGAAGUCGUGAACCCCAAAGCACCAGCUCUCAGCAUCUGCGGGUGCUGAUGGGUUUCCCUGGCAACAGGUUGGGAAGGAGAGGUGGAGGGGGCUGUUGGCACCUCCGAGGUUUCUCUCUUCAGCCUGUUUCUUCUUUGGUAAAAGCAGGGAGAAGGAGGAAGGCCUGGCCUGCCUUGCCCCUCUCACGCAGCUGUGCCAACGGGGGCUGCUUCAGGCUGAGUCUCUGAGGGCUUUGGGGGUCCAUCCCUGAAAUCUCAAAAGCCAUCUCUCUGUGUGUGUACGCACUCAGUAGCUACAACUCUGGUUUUCUUUUCGAGAGCAGUACUUGAGUUGAAGUGCUAGGCAUUUGAAGAUGACUUACAUCUCUGCCCUGUUGUCUGUUUUGCUGUGGAGGUUAUGGAUAUCCCUGCACUUGAAUUAUUUUUCCCCAGAGGUUUCGCAAAAUUGGCAUUAAAAUGCACAACACCAGAAAACGAGCUUCUGAUCUCCUCUAGAGCGCCCCCCCCCCCCAUUCCCUCUGCCGAUUCAGACUCCUGGGACCUCGACUCCACCUCCCAAGGAGAAGGAAGUGUGUGUUUUGUGUUCAGAUAGCCGUAGCAGAGCCCAGCAUCUCAUAGCCCAGGUUCCAACAGUGGGAGUGGGACCCCCCUCCCCCCCGAAAUGUUUCAGGCAAGGCAGCCCUUGAGUUGACUCUGCAUUCUGGCCUGCACAUUUUUACCUGAAUUGGAUACUUCACAGAGCAGUGCUCUUACUCUAGAGGAGGUGCAGAGAUCCUUUGUGCCUCCAGAUGUUGCUGACCUAGAGCUCCCAUCAUCCCUGGCCAUGCUUGCUGGGGCUGAUGGGAGUUGUAGUUCAGCAACAUAUAGGGCCAGAUGUUUCAGUUCCAGUUAGAUACAAGGUUGAGAGGAUGUUGCUGCACCUCUUCUUGGGAGCAGUCCCCAUGUGACAUUCAACUCUCACCCUCAAGUGCCAUGUCUAAGAGCAUAACGGGGAGGUUUGUGUCUGUUUCUGAGAAGGACAUCGGCCCCAUUGAAAUGACAUCUUUUGCUUAUGAAGAACCUCAUGAAAGGAAGCACCCUUCCCCUUUCAGCUGACAUGUGUCUCUGAUUCCUCUCUAAAUGAGCUAAUUUCAGUUGGGGUCAUGGUGGCUGGAGGUGAGUGGACUUGGGACUGUGGUCUACACACACCCCAUAAAUGCCCCACUGAAAUUAAGGGCACAGUUUGCUCUGGGAGGGCCAGCCUAGCCUUCCUGAGUUGGACUACCAAGGACCCACUUGGUGGAAGGAGAGCUAAUCUGGGUUGUGGCCCCUCUUCCUGAGGCAGUUGGAAGGCUGGGCCUGAUUCUGACCAGCUGCCCUUCAAGGGGAGGAGGACCUCAAGUCUUGCCUAAGUCCUAAAGAGCUGGGCUCCCAACUGCCUCUGCUUUCAGAUGCAGAUAUGUGAUAGAUACUUAGGACUAGCAGAAGCAAAGCCAAGUCAGAAGCAGCUGUUGUGUCCUCUCAUUGGUGGGUAUGUGGAACGUUAAGAAAAUGAACACAUGGCUUAAAAGCAGAGGCAGGGUGUGUAUUAUAUCAUCUUUAUCCUCUUCAGCCACAGGGGAGCCCCCAAACCUCUCUCCACAGACAGCCAUUAGCAAGUGUCUGCCAAAGAGGAAGUGGCAAUUGACAUAGGACCUUGUCACUUGAUGCAACAGAGGAGGCCGCCAGCCAGCCCACUUGAUGUGCUUCCCUUUUCUUCCCCAUUGAUCAGAAAGGAGAGCCUGUGUCUCACUGUGAAGGCAGCUGCAUUCAGGCUGGGCCUGUGACUCAAUCGAAGCCGGACAGAUCUGGCUGAGUGGCAGGCAUUCCAGUCCGGCUCAGUAAAUAUUUAGCAAGAUAAGCCCCCCACAGCCAGAAGAAGAGUUUGGAUUUGAUAUCCCGCUCUAUCACUACCCGAAGGAGUCUCAAAGCGGCUAAGAUUCUCCUUUCCCUUCCUCCCCCACAACAAACAUCUGUGAGGUGAGUGGGGCUGAGAGACUUCAGAGAAGUGUGACUAGCCCAAGGUCACCCAGCAGCUGCAUGUGGAGGAGCGGAGAUGCAAACCCGGUUCACCAGAUUACGAGUCUACCGCUCUUAACCACUACACCACACUGGCUCCAGCUGCCAUUAGGCAACAGAGCUGCCGCUGCAUCUUUCAGAAGGGAGAAGGGAAGCCACUAGCAACCUCACAUCUGCCUGGCCAAAGGGGACCUCCUGUUGAUGUCUUGUCUGCAUACCCUACAAUCUGGGAAGCUGUGGGUGGGCAGACCUUUGCUGGGGGCCUGGCUAACCUAGAAGGUUUCUGGUGCAGAAAGCUUCACUCGUCACCUCUGUUACUUAUUCAACACCCUCCCCAGGUCUUACAUGAUUGACGUGUUGGGCCUUGGCAAAAGCUGCCCUCCAUGUGGAAACUUCCUGGGUCUUUGCUGUGCGAGUUGCUGGGACUUGCUUGUGGGUUUCUUCCCCCCAUUGGAGCAUCUAAUUAGAUGCUGGGCCUCCUUUGCUUGAACCAGCUGCUGCAGCCAUGCUCUUGCUAUGCCCUUUUGUAUUCUCACUGUGCUGAGUGCAACAUGGAGGUGACAGUGGUCAUAAAUAUGUCUGGUUCCGUACUCUGAGCGCGCACCAGCAACCUUCUCUCUGUUGGGCUGCCCUUUGCCAGGAGAGUUUCUCUUGCAGCUGCCUGAAAAGCCAGGUCCUUGUGGCUUUGCUGCAUUAAACUGGUAAUCAUAUAACCCUCACUGAACUCAGUGGGACUUUCUUUUGAGUAGACCGGUGUUGGGUUGCACUGGUAAUCAUAUGUUGCUGUACACCACACCUGGAGUCAAGCACAUGCCCACUUUUAAGUAUUCUGCAUGGAGUCUUCACAGUGAAGCCCCGUGAAGUCCACAUGGCAUGAGCAUAGUUCCCAUUUCUAUGGUUGGUAGCAGAGAGAGGGAUAUCUCUUGAGUCAUCUUUGCUCAUCUUGUUUAUGCAGAGGAGGAGGAGGAAGAAGAAGGCAAGCUAGACCGGCCUCUGGAAGGAGCAGGCUUGCAGCAGCAAGAAUCCCACCUCUGCCAGCAGAUGAAGAUGGCGACGGUGGCUCCCUCGUCCAAUCUGAUGCCCUGGCAAGUGGAGCUGGAGCCUGUGACCAGCACCAGCGUUGGAGGAGGGCAGGUCUGCGGCCGAGGUAAGGGAUGCCCAAUGAAGCCUUUGGGGAUCUUGGAGAAGGUGGCUUGGAUAGAACAGAGAAGUACAGUAUGAAAAUAUGCAUGGGCCAAGCAGGCAAGAAAGCAUCUCUGAGAACAGAUACCAUUUUGGCAGGUAGGAGGGCAAAUUCCUAGGAGCUCAGUGGCAGAGGAGCAUGUGGAAGCCCUUGGUGGCAUCUCCAGGCAAGGCAGUACUGAGCCAGGUGGACCGGAGGCAGCUUCCCAUGUUACUCAAGUGUAGGGCGAACUUUUGGCAAUCUGUAGUUUUCAGUGAGUUCCUCCCUGGGGUGCCCUCCAUUGCCACAGAGAAGGGUAGGAGGGUGGUGGCUAAAUCUGAAGGUAUUGCCCCAGGCAGGAGACUGGAGUGCUGGCAGGGCAGGCAGCAGUGGUGGCUCUUCUUCAAGCAGGAGCCCCUUCAGGGUAUGGUGAGUAACCCUCUCCUGGGGGGAAGCAGGAAGCUCUUUUUCUUCCCAGUCACUUACAGAGCAAAGAGCCCAGGGCUCAGGCCCAGCCUGUUGCUGGUUCUGCUCUGGUGCAGACGUUCUUUUAUUAUGACAUGCUUGUUCGCUCAAAGACCCUCUUCCGAGCUGACAUUUCCUCCUCUCAGCCUCCAGCUCCAAGGCUCACCUCUGCUCCGAAACGCCACAGCCCUCCGCGGGGAGCAAGGCCGACGCCAGCCGCAUCAAGACCCGCGUGUUUCCCAGCAUGCCCAAGCUCUUCAUCCCCUCGUCCGUCACCAAGUUCCCACCGGAGAUCACCGUCACCCCCCCAACGCCCACCCUCCUCUCCCCCAAGGGCAGCAUUUCGGAAGAAACCAAGCAGAAGCUAAAGGUACUUACCAGGGUUUGGGGCAGGGAGUGUCAUUGGGGCCCCAGUCAUGCUUUGAAUUUGGCAGAGAGAAUUUGUGUGCACAGACUGGGGUGGCGGGGGGGGGGGGAGGCUGUCCAGGCAGCUGCAGACAAGAGUCCUCUGUGCCCUCUUUGCUUCCCCCCCCCCCUUGGGUUCUCAGGUGGGCUUAAGGAACCCAUCUUCUGUUUGUAAAACAUAGGAACAGCCUUCAGGUCAAAGAGGGCCUACUUAGUCCAGCCCCCUGUUCUUCCAGAGGCCAGCCAGCUGCCCCCAAUGAAGCAGGACUUUAGCAAUUCCAACACCCCAAGGAGAGCUGAGUCCUGACUUCUUAACCUUAGAGCAGGGACUCCUUCUGUUCCCCAGCCAAAGCAAGGUCCAUCCUCUGUUUGUGGGAAUAAGGAACAAACUGUCUGGCUGAACAGGCAGGCAGGGUUGGGGGGGAGGUGGCACCUGCGAUACCCUUUUGCAAACUGCCUUGGUGGAAGUACUGGGCGGGGGCAGAAAGACUUCCCUCCCUCCUUCAGCCUGGAGUGUUGCCAUGUUAAUCUAGGAUAACUACCACACCUGGUUAAGAAAUCUCCGCCAUAGUCUCCCUCCCACCCAUCGCUUGUAUUGGAAGCACUGCAGGUUUUCAAGAUGAUUAAAGCAAGCUCAGGUGGAGUGGAGGGAAAUGCUUUGGGAGAUAGUAGAACUUCAGAAUUUUAAUUUUUUUUUAAAAAAAAAAACCUCUUUCCUUUGUCUGGGCCAGUCUGCUAUCCUUUCAGCCCAGUCUGCGGCGAAUGUGAAGAAGGAGACUCUUUGCCAGCCAGCACUGGAGAUUGUAGAAACCUCAAGCCAAGAGUCUUCACUGGAGAGUGACUCUGAUGAAGAGGAUGACUACAUGGAUGUCUGAGGGGUGCUGGGCGGGGGGCUCUGUCCUCCCUUCCCCUCCCCUCCCUCCGGCUUCUCUUUCCAGCAUCACAGCCAGCCAGCCAGCCACCAGCCAUUACCACCUUCAGUGCUGCUGCCUCUGCUGUUGCCUUUAACUUACCGGGCAGCUGAAAGCUCACCACUGUCACCCCCAAGCCAAUCUGCACUUAAAUCCCUCGGCACCUCCUCACUCAUUUCCCCCUCUUUAAAAGGACGGCUUGUACAGGAGGCAGCAGCAGCAUUUGGCUGGCUGGCUGGCUAAGCAGGAGACACUGGACUUGGUCUUGCCUCCUUCGUUACUUUAAGCAAAACCGUGGCUUAUUUUAUCUCGGUGUUGUCUUAAAAGGACCAGGCGGGAGAGACAGCUGGCAACCUCACUAGGACUCUCCCUCUUCGGGGACCGUUGGACGAGCGGCGUAAGCCGAGAGGUCGCAGGGCACCUUUGGUCUUAUCAGGAAACGGAUUUCAGUACCAUUUUGGUAAUGUCUGCUUUUUACAGAACGACACAAAGAAGGGUAUAUGUUUGUUUUUUAAGUAUAUAUAUAUAUAAAUAUAUGUGGAGGGAUUGCUCACAUUUAUAUGGGGAACAUAAAGGAAGCCCAGCAUUUUUUCUACUGAAUGUUAACGUUGUAAUAUAAGGAAUACAAACCCUGCACUUCAGUAGUGGGGCGUGUUGUGCCCACAGCAUGUGUCACAGAGCUUGCCAGGCGGGGUUUCAAUUUCUGGGGGGUGGGGGGAGGUGGGAGAGGACAAGGGUUACAUAAAUGGUGCAGUGCAAAGCUUUGUAAUAAUAAAUAUACAUUUUUUAAAUAAAGUGAGAACACGUUUCUCCCAAGCCUCUUCUCUGCUGUGCCUGGAAUGCUCCUUCACUCUUUCAUCCGCUUUCCUCUCCCUCCUCCCAGGUCUCUAGAAGAGGCAAAGAAAUCUGAAUUUUCAGGGGAGAGCAGCCCCUCGCCUCAGGGCAAGUAGUGGGAGAGAUGAGUUACAGCUGAUGCAAGGGAUUGUGGAGUAGAGAAGGCCUCUUCCCCUUCUUCCCUGAGCAUGCUGAAGUAGGCUGGGUCACCUCAGUCUCUGCUGGGGCCGGAACAUUUUUCAUCCAGCCUCAUGAGCCAAGUGGCAGACUUGGGGCACAAGAGCAGCCUCCUUUCCUCCUCUCCUGUCAGGGCUGUUUGCUUCCCAGCUAGGAAGAUUCUCUGGUUCUGUACACACAGCAAGUUGGUGUUUCUCUACCUCCUCCUCCACCAUUUCCAAUUCCAUUGGCACAUCGUUGUCCACAUCAGGAUGGCUGGAUGUGUCUCCAAGUUGCCUUCUGUCCUACCCAGUGGGCGGAGCAUGGUCGUUUUCAAAUCGGAUAGAUGCUGGUUUUAGGGAAGAUGCACCCAGGUGCAUUAAUUCUCAAGAAACUGGAGAGGAUAGAGGUGGCUUAUGGCUGACGCCAUAUGUAAGCGACUACACAAACAAGUGUUGGGAGUGCAGUGGCUGCAGAGUAAGAGGGACCCAGUUAGUCUGAUUCCACACCAGUAGCAGUAGGGUCAGGCAACUGGUACAUUUUCGGAGGGGGGAAAGGGGUCAUUGAGGCGGCUUCACUUUAAAAGACUGGGUGUGGCCUCAGGGACAAAUGAGUUGAGGACCAUUGGUCAUAGCAGCUUCUUCCCUUAGAUGCCCUUCAAAUGAUUCACGGCUACAGCCUUGUUCUGUGUAGGGAGCACACCAAUCAUGGCAAGAGUUCAGCUCUGUCAGCUCUGAAGAAGCAACAGCUUUAAGCAGUUUUAGGAGAAACCUCCAUCCCUUCCCCUGAAAUAAUUGCAAUCCCCUAAAAUCACAGAUCUAACAAAUAAUUGAGUAUCCCUGCUCCCCUGCCCCAAUUCACAAUGUUGGGAUGGAUUUCAUUUCCCUAGAGUGGCUGGGGAAACUUAUUGAAGAUUCUUAUUUACAAUUGGUUUUGGGAGGCCGAAAUCCUGCUGUGCCUUAGACAAGGCAGGAGAAGAACAGCAAUCUCUGGCCUUAGAAGAGGAUUUUUGGUAUAUUUCCUCUUCGUUUACUGCAUGGAUGUGAAACUGCAGCACAAAAAGUUUAUGAAAUAUUUAUUUCUUUUCCCAAGAGACUUCUGAAUCUUUCCCUCUCCCUUUAUGGCCUCCAAGGAUUAGGGGCUCAGGCCGGACUCUGGAAGUGGUCACUGUUUGAGAAAAGCAAAUGCAUUUCCUUCUACUGUAUUGAGUUUCUAAUUAAUGCAUGUGUUACUUUAAACCACAUGAGGGCACUGUCUGUGUAGCAAUCUAACCAGCACUUGCUUGUAGCUUCUUUUUCCAGGUUAACUCUACCCCUAAAAGCUGGGCCAUUUAUUCUCACCAGACAAGAAGAUGCCUGCUAUUCUCUCUUUUUCAUCUCUACUCUUCCUAUAAAUAGUUCUGCAUGAAUAAAGCCUUUGAACUCCAGAAACUGAUCAUUCCAAUACAGCAUUUACCCAAGCUGUAAAGGCUGCUAACAGUCAUGUACCCAGCCUCACUUAUGUCGUCCUAUGUUCUCUUCAUGUUUUGAAGAAAAGACUGUUGAGCUGCCCUAACCCUCCCUUCCCCCCUUCCUUCCUUCCUUCCUUCCUUCGAGGCCAGAUACCAGGGCUGUCCAGAACUAUGGAGAAGAAUAGAAGAGACAAGCCAUGGAAAAAGAUUUAAAAUAUUUUCUCUUAUCUCCCCACCCCCUCCAGUGCUCUGGGAGCCCCUACAGUGAGUGGAGGGUAGUAAAUUGACCAAUCCAUACUUGAUGCAAUUAACUGUUAAAAUCUCCUGUUUAAGAGAGGAACUAACGAGGCACUUGUGGAACCGAUGAUGCUUUCCCUUGGGCUUUACCCCACUUGUCUGGUCCUGUAGGAAAGUCGGAAGCGGGAGCACCUAGCAGAGUGCACCUUCUUUCAAGUUAGGGAGAAGGCAGUGAUGGGACAGUUUAUGUGGGGAAGUGGUAGGAGGAGAUGAGCAGUGCAGGGGCUGUUAAAAGAUCAGGGCAUAGCCCCCUCAAUCUCCUUCUAGCCCAACACCCUGUUCCCAGUAGAAAGCCCACAAGCAAGACUUGAGUGCAACGGCAGUGCUCCCCAUGCCUUGAAAUUCCCCGGCAGCUGGUAUUCAAAGGCAUCCCACCUCUAAGAAGAACCCAGGGAGGAAGAGCCUGGUUUGCUGGAUCAGACCAAAGGGAGCCCAUCAAGUGCAGGGUCCUGUUUGCUCAAUGACCAACUAGAUGCUCCACAGGUUAGGAGCCUACAAGCCAGGACCUGAGAGCUCUAAAUCAUCCAGUAGCAAAAGGAAAAAGUCUGUCCUUUAGUUUUAUCAGCCAAAUAUGUGUUGGGUCUGCUGCCCUUUGUCUUGGGGGGCAAGCAGUGAACUUUAUUGGUUUUCCGUUUGACUGAACAUUCACAAGAUUCGCCUUCAGCUGAAUAGAAGCCUUGCGAGGUGCUGGCCAUAGGAAUGAAGUUUAUGGUCUGCAAUCCUAAAUCUCACUGAACGCUGAACACACCACUGAUCCCAGGUUCCAUUUGGCCCAAGGCUGCUUGAUGACAGAGGGGAGAGAACAGGUGCAUUGGAGACUGGUGGUCCAAUCCUGUGCAUGUUUGCUCAGGAAAAAAUCCCACUAUGUUCACUGUAGGUAGCAUUAAAGCCUGAGUUACAUGCGAACACAGGAUGUGUAAGCCCAGUAUCAAUUUCCAGCUUCUGAAAAGCCAAGUGUUCUGAAUCACCUCCUGCACCAGCCUUCAUGUUAUUCCUAAUCACUAAGAUCACUAGCUCAGGGGUCAGCAAGGUUUAUCUUGCCUGGAAGGGAUUGUGGUUUUUUGUUGUUGUUGUUGUUUUUAAAUGAUUUUUAUUAAGAUUUCAGUAAAAGAUUAAACAGAAAAACAUAGAAAAGAAGUACACAAAUACACAGUACAUAAUCC